GUUCAGCAAGCCAAUGUUGAUGACGAAGAGAUUGCUCGUGCCAUCAACUCCAAGCUCGGAGAGACUCCUGGGAUAUCUUACUCAGAAAUAGCUUCAAAGGCAGUGGACUGUGGACGAACGCACCUGGCCAUCAAGGUUAGUUGAGAGCAUUCACAUGAACAGUAUAAUUAUAGACUAUACGUUCCCAGUUCAAUUUGGGACAUAAACUGGUGUCUUCCGUUAGUAUUUUUCUUGCUAAAUGCACGAGUUUCAAAAUAACGUGGGUUGAUAUAGAAUGGGAUUUUUACCUGCGGGAUUGCGUUUACUGUGAGUAAUCAAGAAUUGUUUCCGUACCUGGAGUAUUAAGACCUCGCUUGCUUUCAGCGCUGCACUUUAUCAGCCAGCUUAAGCAACGACGACGACGACGGCAGUGAAAACGUCACUAAGAAAAUGAAUUUCCCGCGUCCUUUCAAUCUUUAUCGCGUCUAUUUGGAACCGCUUAAUUCGUUAAAUGUAGGCGACUUUUCCUGGAGUUAAAUUCCUAUUGUCUUUAUCCAUGUUCAAAUAGAGAACGGAAAAUUUGUUUUCGUAUGUCCACGUCCUCCAUAAAACGUCGCAUUGGGAGGUUUCACGUCGUAGUCGUGCAGUGGACGUCAAAGAAAUGUACCAAAAAGCGUGAUUCACGUGCAGAGCAGUCGUUUUGCUCAUAAAACCAAUUGUUGUUUGACGUUGUUGUUGUUGCAAAACAACGGGCGCUUUCCAUUCAACCAAAACGUUCGAAAAUUGGAAACAGCGGCAAAUGGUACAGAAAUGUCCAGGAAAAGUUUCCAGAAAUUCCGAAAGAUGUUGAAUUUCCGAAAUGUGAACCAUGCAUUCAAUCGAAAAUUCUAGAAAUUCCCGGAAGCAAAGUUCAAUGCAAAAAAAAAUUUCCGAAACAUUUUUUUUAAAAUUUGGGCACCCGUCGAGAAACAAAACUUACGGCUGCAAAGAAGAGCAAUGGGGGAAAGAAACAUCGAGGGUUUUAACAACUGACGUUUUUAAUUCAAUAUAAAAAAACAUGUUGAAGUUUUAUGCUCUAGCCCUUCGUCAAGCAAUCGAAAUGUCCCUACUAUGCCAAAUUUCCUAUGUCAACUUAAUUGAUGAAUAUAAAUUCUUAGCUUUCACCGUGGUUCGCUCGAGGGGUUACCAACAUGCUCGUUUCAUGGGACGUCAACAACACCUGGAACAUACAAGACGUAACUAUUAUUAAUUAGGAAUUCUAUGACACCUCCCCCCAACAAUGGCUAUUUUUAGGGGAAGUGAAGACAAAAAAUAGCCAUUGUUAGCAAAAUGACGUCUUAGUAACAAGCGCAGAAAUUCCAUGUGGCAUGGCAUGAUGACUAUCUAGAUCUAGUAUGACUUCUGAUGGGUGGAAAGUUUGCUUCACAUCCAAUCAGACGCGCUACUCCAGAGCCUGGAUUUUCUGCCGUCCUUAAUAGUCACGUGUAAUAAAGAAGAGCUCUGGAGACGAGAACGCCAAGCUGAUGCGCUACAACGUUCGGUUUGAAAAUUUGCCUUUAAAUGGUCCAUGUCGCGCUAUUUGCUAACUUUUUAAAAAGCUAAAACGUUUUUGGCAUCAAUUGAAUUCCAAAAACAACGGUUCAGUUUUAAGCAUUGAAACUGUUUCCUGCUCACGUUCUUCUGUUGCAAACGGAUGGCAAAGGUGGACAUUUAUUGAUACAGUGACUCCCGAUAACUCGAACCCUCGCUAACUAGAAUCGAACCUCGCGCUAACUCGAACAGAAACCGAUUUCCACUGGAUUUUCGUAAAUUAUACAGUCAACUCUCUCUAAGACAGACACCUUCGGGACCGGCACUAAUUGUCUGUCUUUGAGAGGUGUCCAUCUUAAAGAGAGUCAAAUAAAAGGACUAAAGAAAGGCGGGGACCAACUCUAGGUGUCCGUUUUACAAAGGUGUCCGUCACAUAGAGUUAUCCGUUAAGAGAGGGUCGACUGUACAUUUACUGUAAUUUUAUCCUCGGUAACUCGAACCCUCGAUGACCCGAACCUCCCGCUAGCUCGAAGUAAUUUUUGUUUCCCCUCAGAUCAUUUCUAUAUAAUUUUACUCUUGAUAACUCGAACCAUGUUUUGAGCCCUUAAAAAGUUGGAAAAAAUCAGUGUACUGGCGUCCGAAACAUUGAAUUUUGAAUUUCCCAUUGACGACGUGUUGUAGCCACAAAGUUUACUAGUGGAGGCUAAUGUUGUCAAAAAUCUAACGUCAAACAGCUUUACUUCUCAAAACAGUAAAUCACAUGCUCUAUUUAGGCAAUGUUUUGUUACGUUUCGUUCUGAUUUAUAAUCUUGAAGUAUCUUAACUUCAAUUGUCACUUCACCUCUCUACAAUUAAAUGUGAUUAAAACGUUAACUGUGCAGUAAAAACUGUUCCUUACACCCGGCUAUUUUCUUCGCGCUCCCGAUAACUCGAAACUUUUUUCGAUUUCCGUUGAAGGUUCGAGUUAUCUGGAGUCGACUGUACUUGAAAAAGUUGGGCCAACUUUAAAGGGGCUAUGUCAGCUGGAGAGCAUGCGCUCUGAGGUUAUGCAAAUUACUUUCAACUGUCAAAAUUCUAUUGUUUUUAACGCGUGACUUUCUCCUUGUUCUCUGUCACGUCCAAGGCUCCGAAUUUAGAGAGGUUAACAAGCGAAAUGGGUUUAGAUAAGGGAUAUUUCGAUAGAAUUUACGGAACGUUUCUUCUCUGGUUAUGCUAGAUCAAGAAUAAAAUUGUGACGACAAUUUUACUUGUAGUUUUGGCGUAAAAACGCAUGCCAUUCAUAAAAUAGUGCGCAAACAAAAAUUCAACAACAACAUAUUGUCUUAUUCAACAAAAUAAAUCGAAGUUGUAUUUUACAAACGAGCUACAAAAGACGCUACACCGAAGGUAAAGACCAAGACUGUUUCAAAUCAUUAACAAUUAGACUUGUCUGUCGCUAGUGAUUUUAUAAUUUAGAUGCUGAUAGAACAAGAGACAUCAAGUCUUUGUUUUGAUCUUAGGGAAACAUACAUUAUCGCGCAAAAUUGUUCGAUCGUGCCGAAUCACUGCGACGUCGAGAAAAACAGACCCAAGCAUCAUUGGUAUACUACUCCACUAUAAGCAGUCCGUUGAUAAAAAGGGAAAGUAAACUCUGCUAUUUUCCAAAAAUAUGCUCGAACACAAACAGUUCAAAAACAUGGCAUUUACAGGAUCUAACUCGUAUUAAGGUGCCUCUCUAAGUCCGUUGAGAACAAUCUGGACGAGCAAACGGUCGUGCUUAUCUUUGCCGUGAGUCCAGAUAAAUACAAGAAGGAAUCUAGCCGAAUUUUAUAAUGUUUCCUUUGCCAGGAGUUUCGUUUGGCCACGAAACUCAUGGGCUGAUGCUCUUGUAAUCGUUUACCAAAAACGGCCGCCGCCAACUCGAUAGCCGCUUCAUUAUAUGUCCACAUACUUUGAGCACAAGAAAAAUCCAAGAGCCAGCAACCUCUAAAAUAACUCAAUAGAAAGGUUCUGUGAGCUAUAGGGAAGAUUCCAUCAAAGAUUCCAUCACUCAUUGUGGAGUAGCCGUCAUUAACUCUGCCAUUACAACGGCCGCUGAUAAGAGGACACAGUAAAUCCACGUAAAAACAUUCCACAGGCAAACAAUUUCAAAAUAACGCCAAAAAAUUAUUCUGUAAUCACCAUAGAACGAUUCUUAAUACAAAACUUCGCUAACUAUCGAACGAUGGCUGAGAUUUAGACAGAUAAAAACAGCCUUCCAAAAUCUCCGACAGAACUUGAAAAAGACGGGCCAACUUUUUCAAGUUUGUUUUCCUUGGUUCGCGCAUGCGUAUGGGGUGACAUGGCCCCUUUAAGUUUUCAAGUUUUAAUUGCUAUGCCUGCAAAAAUUACCUAAGAAAAUGUAAUAGAUAGUGCUCCCUGGUGAAACUGAUUUGUUUGAUAUCUUAUUCAUAAUUAAGGUGUGUAUUGGUAAAGUAAUGACUUCAGCACAUUAAGUGACAUAAAACAGCCGAGUAUCCUCGUGACACAACCCCUCCCUCAGAAAUUAACGCUAAGAUAUAUAUUUGAAACUACACGCAGAUAACAUUAAGAAAGCAGUUUGAAAGAAGAAGAAAGAAAGAAAGAAAGAAAAAAAAGAAAACGACAGCAUUCAAUGUUGUCUUCAUCUCAGUCUGCAAAACGGCUAUUAUCCUUAUUUGGCUGACUUUCGUAGCAUGGUUUCUUUAGGGGUCGAACAAUCCAAUGAGCCAAACUUAAAUGGUCUCCUAUAGAGAUUUCAUUCUUUAAUUAGAAUUUUCCAACGAGCCUUCCCGUUACUUUCGAAUGGGAUUCACCCCUACGAGACACACCCCUGUAGAAUUACCCCUAAACUGCCGCUUAUAAGCCCUGGGCUUAUACAAGUUCGUAAGGGGUUUUGGGUGGGCUUAUAAACGGGUGGGCUUAUAUCCGGAUGGGCUUAUAAGUGGACGAAAAAAAAACGUUUCUAAAUGAGCAACAGCACUGUUGAUCGACGUAUAAUUUAAAUUUAUUACUCUUACAAUUGAAGAGUUAAAAAGGCAGCAAUAAAUCGAAUUCAGUGAAAUUUCAAAACAAAAUCAAAACUGUAACACAAGAAAAACUGGAGGGGGGCUUAUAUCCGGAUGGGCUUAUAAUCGGAUGUAUUUUUUGUUUGCAUGUAGGUGGGUCUAUAACUGGAGGGGGCUUAUAAGCGGAUGGGCUUAUAAGGGGCAGUUUACGGUACUAGAAAAGUAGACAUACGCUUAGCCUGCAGGCGACAGGGGACUGUAAGCAAAACGUUAUCUAUAUUGUAAAUUUUAUUGUUUAUUGCAGACUCUUUUGUUCUUCAGGAUGCCCAUGGUGACUAUUUACCUUGUGUUUCUCUGUUGGGUCUUUGCGAGACGUGUUUCUGGGGGUAAGUGUAAAGCUUGGUGCAUGCCUGAAGCAUUUACCCUUUAUUUUUACAUUAAUUUUACAAGGACUUACAUGUAUUGUAUGCAUUCCAACAUUUUGGACAAGAAUAAACUUAAGACUAUCGUGCGCGUCUAGCAUAAGUCAUGACUUUCGACCAAAAAAAUCAAAUCAAAUCAAAUCAAUUUUAUUUAAGCUCGAUAGCGUGAGGAGUGGUUGCCCAAUCUCCCGAGCCAGGGGCUCAUGUAUGAAACGCUCGACCAUUCCAGAUCGAAUUGGAAUUUAGAAAUGUUGGUUUUUGCGGAGAGGCGAAAACCGGAGUACCCGGAGAAAAACCUCUCGGAGCAGAGAAGAGAACCAACAACAAACUCAACCCACAUAUGACGUCAAGUCCGCGAAUCGAACCCGGGUCACACUGGUGGAAGGCGAGUGCUCUCGCCACUGCGCCAUCCCUGCUCCCCGACCAUCCACACGCGCACAAUUUUCACUGAAGAUAUCCACGUGUGUCGUACGAAUGUCGUGUGUAUAAUUUACCCAACACGAUCUGUCGUGAAGUCAUACGUAUGUUAGUCGCGCACGAUAGUCCUAAGCAAAAAUCGUAACGUCUAAAUCGGUCUUUAGACCUUGCCGUGCAAAAUGUUUCAAGUUCUAACACAGGCUGGUGAAAGUUUUAUCAUCUUCCCUGCUUUUGGGGGCUACUUUCUUAUAAGAGGCUAAUGGGGAUGUGCCGCUCGAUGGGGUCGCAUUUUCACGACUGGAUUGACUAUAAUGGGGUAGCAUUUUCAAGAGAGUUACUAGAAUGGGGUCGCACAUUUUCUGAUUUGUGGGGUAAGACAGUUCUUCAUAUUUACGGUUAGCAAACGUACCAGAAUGUUUGUACUGUAGAUGAAAAGUAAAUUGUUCUUCAUUCAAUCUAAAAAAUGGAUCAAUUCAUAAAAAUGGUAAGUGACUGAGUUGGGGUCGCGAAAAUUACAUAUUUUCCCAAAAGUGACUAAGAUGGGGUCUAUAAUUGGCCACAUAAUAGACUAUAAUGGGGUAGGGGCUCUGAGAGGCCAGCGGCACAUACCGGCCCAGCAAAAAUUAACCCAAUUAACCCAAGUACCCCCCUCCCCCAGGGGUGCUAAAUCCGGACACCUCCUUAUUACGGACAGUUGCCUUUGUCCCUGGUAAAAAUUUUUAAUAUAUUUUCUCUAAAUACAGUCAAAACCUGUUAAUACGGACGCUGAGACCUCAAAGAUGCGGACACUUUAUUAUCAACUCUGUGCUGUAACAAACCUUUCCGAUUUUAAGAUUAAAAAACCCUUCAUUUGACAGCAUGUAAAUGUUCCCAUUGCUGCGGUGUCCGCAUCAGCCAGGUUAAUUUCUACAAAUUCUUUUGAAUGUUUCCUUUUUACCUAAACAUGCUUCGAUAUCCUUUCAAGCGGAUAAGUCCUUACUUAAAGAACUUCAUUUUUUAGUCAAAAAUUAUAUUUAACAAUUAAUGAAUGAGGCUGAUUGUCUUAUAAAGAAUUAUGGAGAUCGAGGAGGGUGUAGGGCGUAGGGCCGAGGCGGAUAACACCCUUCGAGAUCUCCAUAAUUCUUCACAUGAUACGAAGCCGAAUAGCUAAAAAAAACAUAACUAUAAAAUACAUCGAUGUUAACUUUAUCUUCGACAGUGCACGUUUAGGGUUGUUCAGCUCCGCAAGUAUUCUCCAAAUGGCAUAUGUCGCUCUUCGAAUUGUCUUCUUGCUGUUCUUGCCGGACUUGCCAUGUUUUUAGCUAUUAUUUCCCCUAGUUCUUACUCUUGAAACGAGUGAAAUGUCCGCCAUUUUUGUUUUCACAACCAAAACAACUCAACCUCGUCCCCAGGUCUUCUCGGUUAACGGUGCAUUAACCUGCAAGAAAGCUGCACUUUUGUCGUCAUCGGUUCAUUUAUUGCUAAAUUCUUCCACAUUUGGUCAUCAGUAGCUGGUUAUGGUGAAUUAUCCGUGUGCUUUUAGCCAAUCAAAAUCGGGGAAAUAUUUUGAAUUUAAAUUGUAAAUAAUAAACACAGAUAAUAAACUUGGGUACCAUGAUCCUCAGUUUACAUCCUAGUGAUAGACUUUUUACUUCUCUUUCAUUUUUUAGAAUCUACUGACCUUAACUGCAAGCAGUACAACACAUGCACAGAUUGCAUCGUUAGCAGUCCGGAGUGCACAUGGUGCGAGGAUAUCGUAAGUUUGGAUUUUUUACUUUCCUUUCUUUAUGGACAAAAGGUGGAUAAGUAUAAAAAAUCGAAGAAAUUAAGUGUGUCAAUUUUUCAAGCUCGUUCGUCGUGUUUUUCAAAAAAAUAUAUCCCUGAAAACAGAACUUUCAGUUUCAAGAAUGCUGAAAAAACCUUGAAAACUAUAAACAUGGAAGAUGAGGCAUAGCCGGGUUCUUCUGACCUUUAGCGCUUGCUAACGAGGCAACUCAAUUAGAGAGAUUUAGAAUCAAAAUGUAACAUUAACGUUAAUUUGCACCAACUGGGUACGUUUUCCCUUUUUCAGUUGUUUACUACAUGUAUUCCGUUAUCUAUACACUGCAAAUUAUUACAGUUAAAAGGUAGUUUCUUAGUAGGUUCUUCCAGUGGCAUACUAAUCAUUGUGGUCAAUUUCUUCUCAUUUCCUAAUUUGAGAUAUGAAAUCGGACGUAUGUCGUUUGCCCUAUAAUGCGAUUCUAAAUAAGUGCAAAGAAGGACUUUGCUUUGAACCUUACGUGACAAAUAAGGACUUGUUGUUGAUAUUGAAGACCUUCAAAGAACGACUAUGAAGACAAGAUUUGACUCAUGAAAGGUUUUUUUUGCGUGCUGUAUAAAAACAGACACCCCGGAAUGCGUCAUUGUACUUUUUUUCACCAGAAAAGUUAGCACUGUUAUCUUUAUUGGAGGAGGUAAAGCCCUGUCCCGAUCGCAUAGUGAUUAAACCUCUAUUAACAUUUGAUAACUUGUUUCCAACACUACGACAUCUCGCUAAGAUUCCUACUAGAAUGACGACGGCUAUCACGUCUUCCCGCCAAAAUAUGGACUUUAAGAUCCAACGACGCAACGGCAACGAGAACGUCGCUUAAAAAGUGAAUUUGCGUUCCUUCAGUCUUAAUAGCGAUUUUUCCUACCCACUUACUUUGUCAAAUGUAGGCGAACCCUCCUGAAGCUGAAUUUCUAGGGACCAUAGCCAAGCUCAGAAAGAGAAAAUAAUAAAAUUUCGUCGUUGCUUGUUUACGCCCUCCAUAAAACGCAAAUUAGGCAUUUUCAGGUCGUAGUCGUGCAAAAACAGGAAAGAACUGUACCAAAAAGCGUGAUGAACGUGCGAAGUUGUUGUUUUGCUUAUUAAACCAACUGCUUUUUUGACGUUCUCGUUGCCGUCCGCUUUGUUGGAUCUUAAAGUCCUUAAUGACGCUGGUUCACGUACGAGAGAAAAUCUCGUACUCGUAGUCAUCCUCUCCUUCUAAUGGUCUGGAAUUAUCAGAACUCUAACUGUGAUUUUUAUUGUUAAAACUAAUUAAGGAUUACCAUAUAUUUGGUCAACCCAGAAGCAGGUGCGACAUGGAAGUAAAUCACCAACAAAACAAAUGCAAAAAGAUCUCCAAUCCAAAAUCAGGAUUUACUGUUCAUUCGGUAAGUGGAUUUACGAUUUUAACUUGAUUUAGGAAAAAUUUCCUACGGGUAGCGAACACUGGGUUUAGUGCUUAGAAUGAAACGUGUUGCACUGAUGAACAAGUUAGGGAAAUUCUUUGUAGUGUUUGAGUUCUAGAAAUACACUGCCUGAUAGUAUUUUGCGUUCACCCACACCACGAUAAGCCUACUCUACAUUGUUCAUAGACCAAGCAACCCAAACAAAGCCAGGAAACGCCAAAUAAAAAGAUUAAAACCCUGCCAAAGAAUGUUUUUUACAGGUAGUUACAAACUCAGUUGACCUGACUAUUCAUUGAAGUAUGUGAGUAUUCAUGGGAGUAUUUGAAACUUUUCCCCACAAGAGUAUUUGAAGUAUUUGGAAGUAUAUGAAACUUUAAAGCUAGCCUAGCUAAAGACGCGAUGGAUACAUAUUCUCAUACUCAUUUCCUUAAAUGACACAGCUUCGUAUGUCACUAAUCCAGUAAUUUUAUUAUGCAUUAAGCAGUUUUGCUGAUCAUGACGGUUAACGCCUUCUUUUCAGAAAAAGGAUCCAGACGGUGACGCUAUAGUCUCACCGCAAAAUCUCACUCUGCAGCUUCGACCGGGUAUUAUUAUUUUUAUUAUCAUUUUGCCACAUUUGCAUGAAAUACAUUCACAAAAUUCAAAUGGAUGAGGCAAGGGAGCCCAUGGAAGCCAGUAAGGCUUAUGAAAAUGGCCACGUUAAAAAAUAUAUGAUAUAACCAUAGAAAUAAAUAGUAAGAAAGAUUGCGAACAUGGAUUUACAAGUCGUCUUAUUACUCGCUUUGCUUGGAAAUAUAGCGGUUCGACAGCUUCGUUUGAACAGCGCAAAAAUAUUCAACGGUUCCGUGUGAGCAAAGUUUCUGCAGUAAUCAAAAUUUUUAACCGGUCGAAAAUUCGACCGCUACCGAGUGAACCUAGCCAUUGUAUAAUUUGACACGACGCCGACCCAUUUUCAGGUAGCAAACAUAAACAAAUUACAAGGGGUAAAUCUUUUAUAACGACCAAGUAAUAGUAUUGAUGGAUGCCUGCUCUGUUAUUUUUGAGGUUCAAUUUUGUGAAUGAUGAACGUUUCAUUUUUACAGGACAACAGACAACCAUUACUGUCAACGUUCUCACCCCGACUGACUUUCCAGUUGAUUUGUAUUACCUUACUGAUGUGUCCCGAUCCAUUGAAAAGGAAUCCAUCAAGAGGCUUGGCCAGUUGCUAGGUAACUGAUCAGGCACUGUAGGCAAAUGUAACAAACAGCAUCCGGGAAGGGGUCAAUGGAUGUUUACAAAUAAUGUCCCUCAUUGACUGCAGAAGAAAUAUUAACUACCACCUUUAGGAAACAACAAACAACACAAAUUUGAAAAGUUGGUUAGGGGGAAGGGGAUCCAGAUUGUUUUGUUCCCAGAAGUAUAUCCUGUAAUUCCGACGGAAACGGUCCUCGUUACUUGUGGAUUAAUAGCAGGCAAAAGGCGCUGCUACUAGUGUAGGUAGUUUUUAGUUUGGCAAAGUUAAAGAACGUUUGUAAUUUACAGUCGUUUGUUGAGACACACAAAAUAACAUUACAGUAGAAGUUCUCCUAACGGACACUUUCGUCGGCGGACAAGCUCUACUUACGAGCGCCCUCACAAAACCCCAUUUUUCUUAGAGCGGUUUUCACUUGACUGUCGAAAGGGAUUGGUUUUGGUUUUGGUUUUACUACGCCCUUUGGUUGGCUAGUGUAUUUACUUUGGUUUUGGUUUUACGACAGUCAAGUGAAAACCGCUCUAACUCCCAUACAAACUCUGUAUUUUUAAGUUCCUGUAACCGUCCAGUUACGGACACCUUUUUCGAGUCCCGAGGGUGUCCUCUUACGACAGCUUCCACUGUGAAUGGUCAUUCCGUUCCUGACUAGCUGUGGAAUAAUUACCCAAAGAAAAAAACUGACAGAAUAAACUGAAAAAGCCCAAUAAGUUAGUUUUGAAGGUCGAAAGUUAUGACUAAACUAUCAUAUCGCAGUGAAAUUAAUUACAGUAUCAUUUGACCUCAUUUGAAUCUGCUGACUAAAUAAAUGUAUCUUAAUCCAAUUUAGACAAUUUACCGACCUAAAUCACUGAAUGUGUCGCGACUUGUGGGCCUCAAUUCGGGAACUUGGGAGGGGCUUUUCUUUUGGGCUCCAAUAAUAAUAAUAAUAAUAAUAAUAAUAAUAAAGUCUUUAUUCAUCAAGAGAUAAAAAUACAUAUCUUUUGUUACAAGUAAGUGUAAGAAAUUUAAAAAGUUAAAAAUUAAGAAAUAAAAGAUAUAUACCGGUAUAUAUAUCUAGUAUAUUACAUAGCUAAUUCAUAUUUAAAAACUAAACGAUUAAUAAAAGAGUUUUUAAAGCGCAUAGUGUUAAUCUUAGGUUUAAAACCAGUUUCUUUUCUAAGAUUGUAGCUGGAGGGUUUAACACGAGGCAUAAUAGAUAAAAGGGGAUGUCCUUUGGCAUUAAAAACUUUUUUAAAAAUUUUACGGUCUUGCCUCUCUAAGAAAUCAUAAACACUUACAGGCUUAGACGUAUAUUUCCUUUUAAAACAGCGGUCUAAGAAACAUUGUACGGGUGUAAGAUCGGACUCGGACGCGGCGUAGACAGACAAUGCGUAAUUAAUAUUAGGUAGAACUAUAGUAUUAAAGAGAAGGUCUAUUUCUGACUGAUUGUACCCUUCUUUGCGCAGCGUUCUAAGGAUAUGUAGGGAUUUGUUAGCUUUAAUAAGUUUGUUCUUCACGUGCACUGAAAAUUUGCUGUCACAUUGGAAGGUGACGCCCAAAAUCUCAACUUCUUUACAGCUUGGUAUCAUCCCAAUGGGUGAAUAGAGAUCGUGGUUGCCUCUCUUUUUUGAUCGUCAACUCUUUACAUUUGCUUGGGUUGCAAGACAUUCCAUUUGUAUUCGUCCAAUCUAAAAACUGUGACACUAACUGAUCGGAGUAGUCUACCUCCUUCCAUACAGGAGCAAUAAUUGUCGAGUCAUCAGCGUACUUAAAUAGCGCGUCAUGAUUACCUAAAGUGAUGUUAAGAUCAUUGAGGAAGAUAUUAAAAGGUAAGGACCGCUAACGCUACCUUGAGUUGUCCCUUGGUUGACCGGUUUCCAGUCACACUCAAAGUUGUUACAACAUACCCUUUGUUUUCUAUCCUUUAAAAAGUUCAAGUACCAAUUGGUAAUAUAUGGAUUCAGUGGGAGCUUUUUAAUUUACUAGCAAGAAGUUCAUGUUUCACAGAGUCAAAAGCUUUGCUGAAGUCCAUAGCAAAAGGCGAACUGCUUUACAAUCCGGGUUAUCCAGGUAGCUGUUGGUCCUAUGUUGAAUUGACAAGAGAGCAUCGGUACAGUUUUCACCUUUUCUGUAGGCGAACUGUGAGGUGCUGAGGUGGCUUUCAAUUGUCUCGCGGGCAUAGCAGUGGUACACAAUUUUCUCAAAAGCCCUCGCUAUAACAGGAGUUAUAUUAAUGCCGCGAUAAUCACCAUGUGCUUUAGGAACAUCCACUUUGGGGAGGGGGGGUGAUGAUCGCACGCUUCCACGAUGAUGGCAAACACUGAGUAGAGAUUGAGAGAUUCCAGAUUUUGGUGAUAAGAGGCGUGAAAAUCUCAGCAUGCUCUUUCCAAACCCAGUAAGGAAUCUGGUCGGGUCCAGUCGCAGUUCUUUUGAGAACGCUAAGUAAAUUCCAGACCUGCCGUUCGAAAUUACCGGGAUCUCCAUCCCACUGCUGAUUGUGACAGGGGUUGGUUCUAUGUACAUAUCAUCUGAGCAGAGCCUAGCGAAGUAAUCAUUCAAGUCCAUCAGACAGCUGUUAUCCAGGUUUACUUUGCAGGAUGCACGACGCCGCUGCGACAAUUCAUCAACUCCUUUCCACCAUGCCCGACUACCUGGAGGGGCAUCCAUAAACUUUCUCCUAUUUUCCGAGAUGAUGUCAGCUAUUCUUUUAUUAACAAUGCACAGCCUGUCUUUGCUCAGACGAGAAACUCUAGACUUCGUUCUGAUCAUUGACUUAAGGAGUGGUGUCAUCCAAGGCGGAUCGCGUGACGACAUGGAUACAGUUUUGACCGGCAUACACCUGUCCAUAUGGCCGCGAAUCUUUUCUUCCAAUACACAAACCGCUUGCUGAACAUCAGGAGCAGCGAGCACAUUAUCCCAGUUUUCCUCCGCCAGCGCGGUGUAAAGUGUGGCUUUACGAUUCUCUCUACAAUCCCGUAUCUGGACUUUACAUCGGAUGGGUUUUAACUUUGUACCAGCAGGGAGAAUAACAGCCGUGUGAUCGGUCUUGAUUGACAAUUGAAAUGGGUGACACUUGUUGAAUAAAUCUGGGCGAUUAGUUAAGCAGUUAUCUAAACACGCGUCACCCCUGGUCGGGAAAUCUACCAAGGCCUUCCAGCCGGACAUGCUUUGUAGGCGAUUUAAAUCAAGGAGAUUGAGGUCGCCACCGCAUACAAAGACGGUGUUUGGGUCUUUGUCCAGUGUGUUGUCAAGAAAAUUGAUAAUAUGACUCAUUAAAUCACAUUCCUGGUAAUUGUGCUUUGGGGGAUUGUAAAGUGCCGAAAUUAACAUACGGUGCCCCGAGGGAAGAAGAAUGGUAACACAAAUCAUUUCGUAUAGAUCAGAUCUGUAAACAUCGACUACAUGUAAAUUGUUCCUUAUGUAGAUUGCAACUCCUCCUUUACUCCUUUUAUCAGUACCAGCCCAGUUCCUGUCUCGUCUGAGAAUCGAGUAAUUUGGUAUAUUCACAAUAGCAUCGGGAAUGUCUGGUCUCAGAUGUGUUUCCGAAACAACACAAAUAUCAAUGUCCAUAUUUUUCAUAUCUGCUUCAAGUGCGAUAGGUGCCCUUACUCGAUUCUUAGUUUUAGUCAGAGAACAAAUGUUGAUAAACAUGAACUUGGGCACAGCAAACUCGGAUCUCCUCAGUGCAUUUAAAACCGGCGAGCGAGGUAUAUAUACAAGACAUCUUUCUCCAGUUAACGGCUUAACUCUCAUCUUAUACGUUCCCUCUCCGUUGCCAGUAACAACACUGAUGAUCUGUAGGAUAGGAGGGUAGGAUAGGAGGGGCCCCUUAUUUGACCUUUCAAAUUGUUAGGCCUUAACUUUCAGUCUUCUCGGAAAAGGACGAAAAUGUGGGGUAGGCAAGGGGGCCGGGAGCUCUGGAAAAUAAGCGGGUAAAGGUGGAAAGAGGGGUAAGGUCUAAAACGGUGGGAGGCGUGAGAAAUAGGGGAGAUCAAUAGGAGGGUAAUUCCCGGGAAACGCUGUUAUUGCUUUUUUUCGAGGGGGGUGUGGGGGGGGGGCCUUACUUUCGGAAUUCUUCGGUGCCCCAAGAGAGAAUGAGCUCAUUCUCUCUUGGGUGCCCAUAAACUGGUCACAGAAAUGGAAGUAGUACUCCAUGCAAUCUAAUCACUCUAAUCACUUUCCUAACCAUAUUUUUUCUCUAUAUUUUAGCCGAUGAUAUAUCAAACUUGACGUCUCAUUUUCGUCUUGGACUCGGUGUGUUUGUUGAUAAGCCGAUAUCCCCUUACAUGGACUCUGAGCCGGAGAGGUAAUUGUAUUUGUAUUUGGACUUCAGACAAUGUCAGAGCGGUAGGCCCAAUUUCCCGUAGACCAACGCUAAGGAACAUAAAUAAAUGAGAAGAAAGUGCUCCCUUAUUUGACCUUUCAAAUUGUUAGGCCUUAACUUUCAGUCUUCUCGGAAAAGGACGAAAAUGUGGGGUAGGCAAGGGGGCCGGGAGCUCUGGAAAAUAAGCGGGUAAAGGUGGAAAGAGGGGUAAGGUCUAAAACGGUGGGAGGCGUGAGAAAUAGGGGAGAUCAAUAGGAGGGUAAUUCCCGGGAAACGCUGUUAUUGCUUUUUUUUCGAGGGGGUGGGGGGCCUUACUUUCGAAUUCUUCGGUGCCCCAAGAGAGAAUGAGCUCAUUCUCUCUUGGGUGCCCAUAAACUGGUCACAGAAAUGGAAGUAGUACUCCAUGCAAUCUAAUCACUCUAAUCACUUUCCUAACCAUAUUUUUUCUCUAUAUUUUAGCCGAUGAUAUAUCAAACUUGACGUCUCAUUUUCGUCUUGGACUCGGUGUGUUUGUUGAUAAGCCGAUAUCCCCUUACAUGGACUCUGAGCCGGAGAGGUAAUUGUAUUUGUAUUUGGACUUCAGACAAUGUCAGAGCGGUAGGCCCAAUUUCCCGUAGACCAACGCUAAGGAACAUAAAUAAAUGAGAAGAAAGUGCUCCCUUAUUUGACCUUUCAAAUUGUUAGGCCUUAACUUUCAGUCUUCUCGGAAAAGGACGAAAAUGUGGGGUAGGCAAGGGGGCCGGGAGCUCUGGAAAAUAAGCGGGUAAGGGUGGAAAGAGGGGUAAGGUCUAAAACGGUGGGAGGCGUGAGAAAUAGGGGGAGAUCAAGCAACAAUGCUUAAUAUUUCCAAAUCGAAAAAGAGCUUUAUUGAAGAAGCCAAGAAGAAGGGAAUUGGAGUCGGAGAUGCAAGGUACAGCAGGUAGGAGGUUUGGAUCACCUAUUUCCGCCGACGAAAAACUGUAGGUUACAUACAUCUUACAGUGCUAUCACUUAAUCCAACAAUGUUGGACAUGAAAAGAAGAACCCGAACACGAAGCCGUCCCUGGCUUAACCUCGCGUAUAAUACUGUUUUAGCUUUUUCUUUGGUUCACUGGAUCUCGCCUUAAUCCUAUACAUAAAUUAAAUGAAACUGAGCGAAAUCAAAAGUCGAGAAUUAUUAUUUUGUUAUUCCAUUGGCCUUUGUUGGAUACACGUUUUGUUCCAGCUAACUCAGGACUUUGCGCUUUAAAUGUAAAGUUAUAUAUUCCGCAGUUCAAAUCGACAAAUUAUCUAAACUUGUUUAUAUGUAUAUGUUCUCUUUCGUGCAACUGAGAUAACUUUAGCUUUUGGUUUACGUUUAUCGCGUGUCUUCCAGUCUGGUCUCCUUUUUGAAAACAUAUUUUUUGCGUUUACUUUCUCGAAGGGUUGCUCGUCCUGAUGCAGGAAAUCCUAAUUCCAUUCCAACAUUUGGUUAUCGCAAUGUCCUUCCACUGAAUAAAAAUGUCUCCCUGUUUCAGGUAGGUACGUUGUAAUACCUCGCUUAGAUUAAAUUGCCAGGUCACUAAGCACAACCCUAACUGUAAAACGGCGUGUUAGAAGAAGAAAUCCUGAAUCUUUGAGACCAGUCUGUAUCUAACAACCCAGAAGUAUAUGCAGCGUUGACAAUAGGAAGCCUAAGCAACCGCGACGACAACGACUUUAAAGUGACAUUUCACUGUCCUCGUCAAUGUGGUUGCUUAAGCUCUUGCUAAACUGGCGGGUUUACAACUGUCGUCAUGGCGGCCAUGUUAGUUGGUAAUACCAAAAGCGUUUUCCUUCGCUGGGGACUAAAAGCUGUUUUCAUGAACAUGAUUUCUGCGAAAAGAUUGUAUUUUGACCACCAACCUGACCUUGUCACGCUUUUCCAAAGCAAGAAGAGGAGACAAAAAUCAUUCCUCAGCCUCUGUAACAUCAGAGCGUUUCCUUCGCCGCGUGGCCAGCGAAAUGUUAUGGAACAAAAGAAGUUGUUUGAUGCAUAAGAAAAAAAGUUCAACUCUAACAGGACUGACCUGGUGCACCAACUCAUCGGCUCCUGUUUUGUAAGCAUUAUCUUGUAAGUUUAUAUUAUGUAAGUAAGUAGUAUUUAACUUAGCAAGUUAUAUGUAAGUAGGUAUUAAAGCUUUAUGUAACUAAGUAAGUACUAUGUAAGUAAGUCAGCAUUAUGUUUGUAAAAACAAUAAAAAUUACAAAAAAAAACAAGGCUGUUGCUGUCUAUUUUCCGCUUGGUGUUGCUGUUUUUGCAUUUUUUGGUAUAGCACUGCAAGUGACCUGUGACGAAACACUGUAGUGUUUACACUCAAUGAAACUAAAGCCAUAUAAUUGUUUUCAGUAUGCCAUUGAAAAGCUUAAAUCGUCUGGGAAUAUUGACAGUCCAGAAGGAGGCCUGGACGCUCUUGUUCAAGUAGCUGCCUGUGGAAAGGUACAUUGAUGAUUGUUUUGCCUCAUCCUUUACGGAGGGGGGAUCAAAAAACCGUGCACUGGUGAGAGCUCUCGCCUGGCGCCAAUGUGGCAUUUUGGGCAUGAUCGCUUACGGGAGGUAUUCAGCUCACGAAAAUUGUACCACAGGGGAUCUCUUCCUGAGAGGACCGAACACAUCUAAAUUUUAUAAGAGAAUUCACUGCAAGUAGUUUCCAAGUUACGACAUUCGUAGUUUCAUGUUGUCAUCGAUCGCAUUCUCUUAGUAGUGCGCUACAUACAACGAGCACAAGGAUCAAACCAUACGACAGGGGGAUAACAACAAUAGAAAAUUAACUAGGCCAUCAUCCAUAAAUGUGGGUCGCGGUCACUGACGUGAGAGUGUAACUGUAGUGAUUUCACUGGGAAAAAUGUGGUGGUUGGGAUAGGUGGUCGCAUAAGAGAGGCGGUCACAAGUGGUCGGGUCUGACUGCAGUUUUGCCAUAAUCUGUAACGGUCAUUUUGGAAAAUUAUGCUGGUUAUUUUGCUUUGUAGAAAAUCGGUUGGCAAAACAAAGAAGAGGCCCGAAGAGUGGUGGUCUUAACAACUGAUGCAGGUUACCACUGUGCGGGAGAUGGACUGGUAUGUUUUAAUUUUUUUGUAUUUGUAGUUGCAUCGGUUUUUGCAUAAGUCGUAUUGCAUUUGCACUUAUAUUGAUCCUUUCAUGUGUAGUCUUCGUUGCAUUUGCCUUCGCACUUGCAUUUUGUAGUUGCAUCGGUUUUUGCAAAAGUCGCAUUGCAUUUGCACUUAUACUCAUUGGUACUUGCAUUGUAGCCUUCGUUGCAUUUGCCUGCGUACUUGCAUUUUGUAGUUGCAUCGGUUUUUGCAUAAGUCGUAUUGCAUUUGCACUUAUAUUAGUACUUGCAUUUGUAAUUUUCGUUGCAUUUGCCUUCGCACUUGCUUUUGCACUUUCAAUUGGAUUUGCAUCCGCAUUUACAGUUGUAUUUGCAUGGAAUUUGCAUUUGCAUUUGCGUUGAUACUUGACUUUUUACCUGCAUUGAUAUUUGCACCCGCAUUCGUGACAGCUGCAUUUGAUGGCAUUUGCAUUCGCAUCCCCUUUUACAGUUGCUAAGGGCGAUGGAGUUAUCCGAUUGGCAUCCCACAAAGGCAAGGUUAUGUUACUCUCUGGUGGACAAACCUUUUUAGAGUAAAGAGUACAUUCUUUACCUUCUCCAACCAAAUGGCAGAAGCAGGUGUAAGACAGAACGUCAAAGGGACACACGACUAAGUAACAACAACGUCGACGGCUACGAAAGCGCCAUUUAAAAAGUGAAGACGCGCUGCUUCAAACUUCACGUUCAAUUCAUUAAAUGUUAGCAAUUUCUUCUUUGAAUUGAAUUCUAAAAGACUUUAUCACAGUUCAGGAAAUAAGAAAGAAAGUCCUUGUCUUGUGUUCACGUCCUCGUGAUAAAACGUGACAUAAGGCAUUUUCACGUCGUAGUCUUGCAAUGAAAUGUACAAAAAAAAAAGCGUGUUGUUGUUUUGACAUUCUAAACCUAUUGGUUUUUUGCCGUUGACGUCGCCGUCCUCGUUGCUUUGGCUCCCUAUUAUUGUCACCCCAAAUAAGGCGAUUAUCCGAUCUAUAAAACUUUUGCACAACCGCAUUCUCUGUUAAGGUCGUGAUAUAGUAUAUAUGCGCUAUUGGUCAAGCGUGUGGUCAUUAGUGAAUUAGAUGUAGGCACAAAGGCUGGCCCAUCUUGCUGGCUCGGGUAGCCAGUCAGAAUACAGGAUUUGCUAUGUCUUGCCCAUUCUCAGGAAGCCAUAUGAUAAAACUGAUCAAGUGCAUUACCUUCUAUAGCUUGGGGGAGUGAUUAUUCCGAAUGACGGUCUUUGUCAUCUUGAAGGGCAGGAAUACGCCGCAUCAUUAUAUAUGGUACGUUGAAGAGUUAAAAACUGCUUCCAGGUCAGCAAUAUUCAUUAUACUUACAGGGAGGUAUCAAGGCUCAGUAGUUGGUAGGCUAGACUUGCAAUCUUAAGGUCGCUGGUUUCGAGUCCAACUCCAACCACUGGCUGAGAUUUGUUUCUGAUAGUGACGAGGUCACCCUGCGAGCAUUUGUUAAGGUCGUGAAAAGGAGGCUCUCCCUGAACCACGGGAGCCUCCGAGCAAGCUCUCCAGGGCGCUCUAGCGGCGGGGCGGGAAAAGGAAGGAGAGCUUGCAACAGCGUCUCUGGAAUUUGAAUUCCACCUCAAAUUCAUCUGUGCCUGCCCGUCGAAUGAGCUGCCAGAUUUCCGCCGAUCAGCGCGAAGCGGAAACGAGCGCGAAUGGAACAAACUUUGAAAAGCAAGCGCCAAGGGUAAUGACGCCCGGCAUUACUAAUGUCAUCUCCACCGAUCAGUAUUUCGCAUCGACUUUUUCGAUGAUAAAGAAAGACUGUAUUACAGACUUUCUUGAGUAGGCCAACAUCGAGCAUAGUCAAAGAAGGGAGGGAGUGGCAGGGAGUGACGAGUUCAACUUUUGUAUUAUUUUUCGUUUCUAAUUAUUUUAGUGGAAUGACUGUAAACUAGCAGGGAGGGCUAAUGCGCUCUUCCACCACAAGCAAAGCAUUUCAUUUAGAUCAAGAAACUAAGAUUUAACAAGAGUGUUGAAAGCACGCCCGAGUAAAAAGAGAGAAACUAAAUUUCACCAGCAAGCUCGAGUUUGAGUUUAUGGCGAACCAUUGUCGCAAUAUGUAAGGGAAUCCGGUGUCCUGGAAAUUUUUGCCCGUGGAAUCCUGAAUCCUGGGCUUUAGAAUCCGGAAUACAGCUCAAGGAACCGCUAACGAUUGGAAUCCGGAGUCCAAGUUCUACUGAAAAAGAAUCCAAUCCAGUGGCUGUAAUCUGGAAUCCACGGCGUGGAAUCCAAAAAUUUCAUCAACUGAAAGGCUGUCUUGGAUUUCUUUAGAUGGGCUGACCAUUGAAUAAAAAUAAUCCUCUUACACAGGCAUUAUGGCGCCACACAACAAGGAACUUACAAAUAACUUUGUACUCUCUUUUCUUUAGGAUUAUCCUUCACCAGGAUUGGUUCGCGAGGUUUUGCUGGAAUCGAAUGUCGUUCCAAUCUUCGCCGUCUCCGCUAAAGAAAAACCAACUUAUGAGGUAAGCGUUGAAUUAAAAAAUGUUUUGAUAAAAGUGUUAACUUUCAGGCGUCAUUUUUUUAUUUCUCGCAGUAAAUAAUUUGGCGAAAGUAGACUUUAUGAAUUGACCUUUUUUCCGAGACUACAGAUCUUUGCACGAAGAAAGAGACACACUGGCAUUGAUGAGUCUUUCGUAGCAUGCCCAGUGCGUGAAAGAGAGCAAUAUGCGGAAUGACGGUUUAAGUUUGAAAGCUUUUUAUAGACUAAGCAUCAGGCGCAUUGUAAAAGAAGUGGAAAUUGCACAAAGCAGAAAUUUAAACCUCCUCUCUCUAUUAUCCUAAAGGAUGUUCCAAAGGAGCAGGAGUCACCUCCUUUAGAAUUUGAAAGUAUACCCAGUAAUUUAAAAGAUCUUAGUACAGUUUGAACCUAAUUUGGUUUCCCCAAUUUAGAGACUAAAGCUGAGUUCCAUGAAUCCAUCAGUAAAUAUCAACUCAAAAGAGUGCUUUUAGAGAACAAUAACAUAGCCCUCCAUCAAUGCAAGCAGCUGUACAAUAAACUGAAUCAGAUUUUGCCUCGGGGGUAUUUAACUUUCUGCGCCGAGUUGUUCAAAUCGUGGAUAAUACUAUCCUCUGAAUUUAUCUUUAGCUAUCAAGUGGAUAACGCAAUUAUUUUCCCCAAUUAUACUUGUUCGCUGCAUCCGUUUGGAUAGCGCCAUCCGACGUAUGAACAACCGAGGCCUGCUGAUGAAGAAGUUGAUUGCCGUUUGGCAGCAUCUCGCCCUGAACCUUUCAUUGCAUCUAAGCAUAUGUGAAACUUGCACGGAUUGUAGAAAUUAUGGCCAGUGGCUUAAAAUGCAUGUUUGUGGAAUCUAAUUCUCGCUACUGUUAGCAGUUUUCCCCCAUGCACCCUUCAACUCAAAAUAAAAGCGAUUUUGUCUACUUUAAUCACUAAUGCUUGAGAGCGUUAUCUGUUUGAGAGCUAACCUGCAAUCAGGCGUCGUAAUUGUGUUGUAAUUUGUUAUCCACGGAGCGCUUAGGAGUUGCGAAGAACUCGUACGCGUUGAAACGUGUCCGUGAAUUCCAGAUCGAAUUGGAAUUUGAAGUGUUAGGUUUUUAUGUAAAGGGAAAAACCGGAGUACAAGGAGAAAAACCUCUCGGAGUAAGGGAGAGAACAAACAACAAACUCAACCCACAUAUGGUAUGGACGCCAGGAUUGGAACCCAGUCACAUUGGUGGGAGGCAGGUGCUCUAUGCAAUGCGCCACCCCGAUAAAUUUUUGCUUUUUCACCUAAUAACCCCUAAUUUAUCUCAAGUACAAACUUUGUAUCUGAGCUGUACUUUUCUCCUCGGUCAGAAACCUAGAUCUGUACCCUAAACAUACUUCAUCGAAUUACAGUAGCUGCAUUAGAUGGCGCUGGUAUAUUUGAGGUUGUUCUUCCCAGCGAAGUCCGAAUGUCAUAGUACUGUAUAUUUUCAGAUCGCUAAGUCAGGUCUGUCUUUCUACUCAGUUCGAUUUGUAUAUUUUAUCCCGAUAAUUUCUUCUUCUCUUUUGUGCGUUCCGCUUUUAGCUUUAAAAGUGAGUGCUGGUUCGCCUGAGACCACAGUAUCAGACAGAUGGUUAUUGUCAUCUCGUCUGCACAGAAUCAGGUCAAUAAAGAAUAAUCUAAAGCUUCUCACUUGAACAAAGUAGAUUGCAAAGUUCAAUAGAGCGCUUAAAUACACGACACAACCCGUUCCAUAACGCCACGCGUAAUCAGUUUUAAAGUCACGCUGUGGCUUAGCUAUCUGCGUAUAUGCAAUGUUUCCUAAAAAGAAAAAGAAAGGGAUUAUAAAAGAGAAUGUUAAUGCAACGAGAAGUGUGGUCCCCCUAAUCUUUUUGAGGCGUAGCUCGGCCUGAAAAUCUCUCUUCGUCACCGUGGCAACCUGUCGUCUUCCGCUGUCCCAUACGGUUUUCAUCAAACAGAGGUUGACAUACGUGACGAACAUUCCUGGAAGAAUGUACUGUAUUGGAAGAAUGAUCCAUGUUACUCUGAAGGGAAAGAAGUGUUCGUUAUUUUUACAGAUGACAGUGUAGUGAGUGUCGUUAAGGACCACAGUUGUUCCGUCAUAUGUCGCCGCAGGGAGUAACAUGAAGAGUGCUCCCAGUAACCACGCAAAAAUGAUCAUUCUGCGCAUGCUCCUGGUUGAGACUGUGCGAAAAACGGUGCGAGUCGCUAAAUACUUCUCAAUACUUAUCACUACAAGGGUGUUUACGGUAGCAGCUGAGAACAAGAAGUUAGUAUACCGCACCGCCUUGCAAGCCCACCCUUUUGAAAUACAUCAAACGAGAUUUGAAUGCAGAGUAGAGGUGCCGAGACUGCCGAGUUAAGGAGAUCCGACAGAGAUAAACUCCUUAUGUAUAAGUUCAGAUUUGUAACGAAGCGAUUUGUCUGGAUAACACCUCUCUUCGGCUUUUUUCCGAGAAAGUAAAAUAUGCAACAGUUUCCAAGAAAUCCCACUAUACCAAGAAAUAACAAAACGACGCAUAGAACACGUUUUGUGAUGUUUCCAGCCGGCGUAAAAACGUAGGUUAGGCCCAGUGUCUUCGUGUGAUUGCUCAACUGAGUUGAAUUGCUUCCAAAGAGCUUUGAAGGUAGCCAUGGGGUGGGGAAUAUGGUUUCGUUGUUCAUGGUUAGCUAUACUCAGCCCGCGAAGUUUAAUAAGGCAGCCAGGAAGCUCACCAUGAUCCGGUACCUGUUUUAGCCACUCUGUUAAAGAAAGAAAACUUAAAUUAAGAACUAAUGUAUGACGUUUUAGAUAACAAAACGUGUUAGUAAAUCGUAGAGGAAAUACAAAGGAAACCCUUGAAUUACCGAAUUUAAGUAGCGUAAAAAAGAACCCAUUUUUACCAGACCCUCCUUUCUGGAUCUUUUUUUCCGCGGAUUAGCAUGAAAAUGGCGAGAAUUUUCCUAGCUGGCUGUAAUUUUUCGUUUUUGGCGAAUAUUUUGGAUCCUUCUUUCUUGCUCUCUUUUCUCUUUUUCCGUUAUUUUCUAUGUGUAGUAUUGUUAGUCAGUUGAUCGUCUUUCUUUCUCAUCGAAUUGUUGCUGAAUAUCUUUAAUCCAGAACUUGAGAAGGAAAUUUUAUCUAGAACGAGUAGCUGGGUAGGGAAUGGUGAAAUUGGCAGCCAAUUUCCGCCCAAAUUUUAGUAGAAUUUUGUUCGUAAAACUCUGGCAGGAUUGGUUAGAAUUUCCCAAAAUGAGGUGUUUGUGCAAAGAUCUAUCCCUUCCUAAUUUGUCGUGCUUACUGAACUUAAUCACUUCAACUAAAAGCUAAGUCCGUUCAGAAAUGCAUGAUCUGCGUCGCUCUAAAUUGGCCCGAAUUGGCUCGAUCCGUCCAUGGGGUUAACAUACUGAACAUGAGAAUUGCCUUUCUUCCAAUUUAAAAAACCUGUUCCUCGAAAAAAAAAACGUUAAACUUGACGAACGUUUGUCGAAAAAAGCCAAUUUGUGACAAAUUCUGAAAUUGGUUGCGGAGAAUGUUUUGCUCCGAUUUUGUCAGCGAAAAUACUUUUAUCUUACUUAUUCUUCUCCAAAUUAAAAGGAAAGGAUUAACAUUUGUAGGUAGAAUAUGAUGCAAUAUUACUCCAGAUCAGGUAAAUUUACAGUGGGAAAGAGAAGAAAAAACAUAGUUUGGCACAAAACAGAUAUGACACGCCAGAAUGGGCCAUUUUCAUGAUGACGUCUUUUUACUACUUAGCCCAGAACGUUUUGUUUUUCCUUUCAUAUUGAAAUUUGGUAAUCCCAGUGAGGUUCAAAUAACAAAAGAUAAUUUGCUCAAGGAAGCAAAACCCUGAAGGAUUCUGGUCGCAGUAUUGAAACGACGCUAUCGUGCAAGUGGCCUAGACCUCCGAAAACCUAGUCUGCUACCCAGCCGUUUUUGGUAUCGUCACGCAACGCUCCUUCAUUGCGUGACGACACUAAAAACGGCUGUGUAGCAGACUACCGAAAACCCGGCCGCCAGGCUUACACGAGAGGUCUCAGUCACAUGCUGUCAAAUACAUUAUAACUAUGCGAGACAAAGGAAAGUAUUAGGUUAAUUAAGUCUAAGAAGACUUUUAAGCAAUUUUCUUUUGAAUCACAGUAAAGUCUCAGAAUUCUUUACGUCUUUGGGCAGAGAAUCAGUCCAAACAAGAGAACAUAAAGGACCUUUAUGUUCUCGUGGUGUUCCAAGAGAGGCAGCGUGGCUGAGUGGUUAGAGCGCUGGACUUGCAAUUCGGAGGCCCCGAGUUCAAGUCCCGCCCUGACCGCCAGCUGGAUUUGUUCUCGGUAGUCCCCGAAUUGAAAUCCUCGACCUCGCCUCAGUGUAAAUGGCCAGCUGGUUUGCUUCCGGCCAGUUGGGAUCCUUAACCCUGUUAUGUUGGAUUCAACUUAUUUGUUUCAGGAAUUUGCUCGGCCCUACUGGCAUUAGUGCUAUAAAUACUGCCGAGGGUAAAUAACGGAAAUUUAUAUAUAUAUAUUUUUUUCAUUUGGUCCAAAUGUCCUGGAAACGACUCCGGCCCGUUGAAAUAAUUGGAAGUUCAAUUAUAAUGGGACAGUAAUCUUCUGCUCUUAGUAUUGUAUAAGUAUAUUUGAUUGUUUUUAAGAAAUACCUUAUAAUAGGAAAUUAACGUACCUCUCCAUGAAAUUAAGGUAUUGGAAAUUAACGCCACUUAGAUUGGCGCGAAUGACAGUGUGAUGGAAAACGACUGUCGAAUGAAGGAAAUUAACGCAAAAGGAAGGGUAACAUUUCAAAAUGAAGGAAAUUAACGCGACGUGCACAAAGAAACAAAACAUGUUGAGACAACAGGAACAAAUUUCAACAAAUCAUCCGAAAUGGAAACUUUGUUCGUAGCACUUUCCCUAAACGUACGAAGGGGGCCAAGUGAAGUUCGAGGGUUCAUCAGGGCUUUACUGGUGCUGGCGGAUCUUCAUCCUGACAAAAUACUCCUCUUUCUUAGGUGUCAAGAAUGUGCAAAGAAUAUUGAGAAUUUGAGGCCGAAAUAAUGGAAAUCAAGGUCGCGAAAAUUAAGGUUUACAAAAAUGAGCGUGACUUGAAUUAACGCUCAUUCCUAAACUUCGUGUGCUAAUUUAAUGAAGCGUUAUUAUAAUUUUCUACAAUCAUGAAACUAGAGAAGAGUAAAUGAUGAUGAAGCAAAGACAUAAAUUUUGCUCCAAGAAAUAUCACUUUAAAUUGAACCCUUCGAUGUGCCGCACUCUAUGAUAAUAAUAAUAAUAAUAAUAAUAAUAAUAACAUUUUUUUUAAAUUUUAAAAAAUAAACGAUAAAAAAUUUAUUGAUACCAAUGCUAACUAUUAAAAAGUCCUAUUUACAACAAAUUGGCUUAAAAAGCUAUUCAGUCAAAACACUGUUUGCAAUUCCUCUCGAUUAGAAAAAUCAUUUAAAUAAAAAAUAUAUUCGGAUUAAAAACAUUAAUUUCAUUUCAAAUUUCGAUUAGAAAAAAAAACUAUUUUCAAUGAUAAACGCAUUCUUACUAGGAAACUGAUUACUAGAGAGGAAGAAAGUAAAAUAGCAUUCUCAAUGCCUUAUUAGCCGAAUAUGUGUGUCCUGUUUGAAUAUCGAAGUUAAUGUCUGACAUAGCAAUAAUAAUAAUAAUAAUUGCCCACCGCGAACAGCCUCGCGAAGACGCGGGCUGCAAGGCGACAACUGAGGCAGAAUUGAUCUCAUUUGCAUCAUUGCCCGCUGGAAUUUUUUAUUGCCUGCCGCUAAGAAAAUAAUAACGCCGCAAAGUUUACUGUGUCUUUGAAUCAAAAUAAUUCGGAAGUCUUCAUUGUAGUCUUCAAAAGUAGACCUCCUAAGCUUUAAAAAGCACGGUGGGCGUAUAGGACGCAAACAGACGCAAAAAAUUGCGAGGUAGAAACUACUUUUGAAUUUUUCAUUCGUUUGAGCUUUAUUUGUUUUGCCAUAUCUUCAAAUUUUAAUUUUGCCGUCAAUCUUGUGACGCCAUUUUCCCGCCAAAAAGCGUUAAAAUCGAAAAACAAAAAACAUAGUAUUUUUUGGAAUACAAAGUUCUACCAUCCUGCAAAGUUUGAGCUCAAACGAAUAAAAAAUGCAAAUUUAAGUAUUUACUACAUCGCAAUUUUUUGCGUCCUAUACGCCCUCCUUGAAGAGACCAAAAAAACCUGUAUGUUGAAUAUUAUGCACUCAAUGUCAGAUCCCGAAGGAAAUGGUUUUGUUUUCCCGAGAGUCCUGAUGUUUUCCGAGACGAAUUCGAGGGAAACAUCAGGCUUAACAUUAGGGUUUACAGGCUUAUUGCAAAUCAGGAGUCAGUAUUAAUUUUGUUGCGCGGUAUUUCGUUGUCCUAUUUAUCAUCAUCAUCGUUAUUAUUAUUUUUCGUUUUCUCUAUUUAAGAAAAUAGAAAACCAUAAUUGAAAUGGAAAAUUAAAACCACGACAUUCAUAAUGUAGAUGUAGAUGGUAAUGUAAUGUUCCCACCUCGUUCGUAUGUAAUAACUGUCCCAAAUAAUUUUGUUUAUCCUGAACACCAUCAGGUUUGGAAAUCAUGUAGGAAAGUCUGUUUAAUGCCGGUAAAUCUUUUAUUCCCCACCACCAAAGUUUGUUUCGAGAAAAUAUAUGAGUAAAUCUAUGAGUAGCGACUGAGCCGGCCACAGUCUAUGUCUAACUGUCAUCGCGAACUAUUAGCGACUUUAUCGUAUUAUUUUGUCUUGCCUGUCACAUUUAGGUCUCGUUUGAGUUACAAGUAUUCGUUUUCAAGGGCACAGUUUUGCAAGAUGCUUAUUUAGACACCAGCAGGAUAAAUUAGAAUUUCCUGGUAUUUUGAGCUAAUAUUGUUGGACAAAGAUAAUCUAAAUAAAAUUUAUAAAUACUUACCCUCCAAGCUGAGUUCAAACAUAAAAUAAUUGCACAUUUAGCGAAGGUAGUAUAAUCUUGUUUGGAUACUGCUUAUCUAUUUGAGCAGGUGAGUUUUGAAGCAAUCGACAACAAUGCUGUUGAUUAAUAAGCAUAUGCAAAGUAACUAAAAAGAAACCUCAAUACAUGCGCUGAAGACAACCGUAAAGAGAAUUGUUCUUUUCAACCAGGAGAAAAUCGGAAACGUUUUGUAUUAAUUAACUGAGUCUAAAGAAAAUGAAGCUUCACUAAUGACUAGAUGCUUGAAAAGAAUAUAUUUAACUUCCGUCGAACACUGCACAGUAUUUUCUAUUUUCUUGCUUGCAUGGUUAUAAGAUUUUCAGGUAUAGUGCCUGAUAUCAGAAUUGUUAAUAUUUGUUUCAUAAACUGUCUCAUACAACUAAUGUCGUUUUAGAUAAAAACGGAUAUUCCUACAAUUUCAACAUGCAAGUUUCUUUCUUCUUAUAGCAGAAGUUGUAGAUUGUUUGUUCUAACACGAGACAGGAAAGCAGUCUAACUAUAAAACUUGUGUCUAAGACUCUCAAUGGAAAUUUUAAGCGCUUGCCGGAAACAUUGGCCAAGUAACAAUGUGGUGCUUCUGGUCGCUGUGUGCUUUUCUAGCCGACAAACAAUCUUUAAUAGAGCAUCUGUUUACGAGAACCGUUGCGUAAUGAUAAAAAAAAACGUAUCUGGAAGGGCUUACGUAAACCUAACUGGAUUUCAAGCACCAAAAGUGUAAUAAACUGCUUUUAUUGUAGACCCCCACUUUCACAGACAGCGAGUUAGUGCUCCUAGUGAAGGCAGUUUGUUAUAGAGCGGGCUUGCGCCAGGAGAAAUUGGGUCGAAACCAUUUGCUUUAAACAGAUAUCAUAUGUUUACAUUCAGAUUAACAUUCAUUAACACCCAUUGAUUAACAUUCACUUUAAAGGAGUUAUUUUUAUCCUUUCUGUAAGUUCAUCUAAUUUAACUCUACCACUUGGGAAAGAAAGUACUUUAUGUAAGUAUAUUAGUGCACAUAAAAUUUCUCCGAGUUGUAUUAUCUUAACUCUAGAGAUAACCCUGUGAAAACUUAUAUACUAGUAAAUUCCUAGUUUCUUUUUGCAAAAUCCUUAGUAAAUAUGCUCUUAUGCAAACGUUUGCUAAAGUGAUUUCAUUUGAAAGGUAACAUCAUAAGGAUUUAUUCCCUGGUUUAAAAACUAGAGCGGAAAAUCAACUUUAGCUAACUUUUCCUAGGAGAAUUUCGGUAUGGAUUCCACGUUUGGAUAUCUGCUUGUUGUAAAGAUGCGAGAUAUAUUCUAUAUUCUUCCUUGAGGAGGUUAAGGGUGUUAAUAAGCAGCGGAAGCAGUGACUUCACAAAAACAAAUACAUGCAUGUUGGGGGUACAGUACAGUACCGCAAAUGAUCGCCAUUGUCGACCGCAAGAGAUCCCGUGAAAAGUAGAGGAAUAGAAUGGAUUUCAGGCGUGGAUGGUAAAUUUGCUGAGAACUUGGACAACGCGUAGAGCAAUGAAAUGAAUAAAAGGAUAAAUAACCGAACUGUUUCCGAGUUUUGGCAUUUUAUUAUCCUUUCUUUCCAGCAUUUGAUGUUUCGUUGCUGUGAAAAUUUAGGGCAGGAAGGACUUUGAGGAAACUUGUCUUUCAGAUUUUAACGCCUACGAAUAGAGAAAUAUGACCCUUGUAGAGGUUUCCGGUUGAUUUCGAAAUACACUUAGCAACUACAGCUCGUGAAAAUGUCGCGUCUGCUAGAGACAGAGACAGUUAUAAAGAUACAAAUCAGGGAAACAGAAACGAAGGAACGAGUAAGAGGAAAAUUUUGUAUUAAGAAUUCCCCAAAUGGGGUUGUACUAGAGCAACUUUUAUUUGGGUCGUUUUAGAGACUUAAGCCGUUACACUAAGUUAUCAUUUUCUCAAGUUGAUACGAGGUAUAUUAAGAUACAAUGAGGUAGGAUUUGAGGAAUUUGUUGUUAAGAAUAUUGUAUCUAAUUGAAAUGCAGUAUGUGAAGUUAAGUUCAGUUUAGCUUUAAUGCUAACCACCAAAUAAGCAAGACACUGCUUUGCUGUGCAAGAGCUAUUGUUUCACUGAUAGUAUUUGAGUUUUAAAUGUAGUUUUACACUUUAUUUUAUUUUUUUUUAAGUCUUGGCAUUUAUUUGUUAAAUGAAUUCAGUUCAAUUAAUACUUUUUGUUGCAAUAAUAAACGUGACACGAUGGUCCAGUAACUUGAGUCCAGGCCAUUCUAAUUUUCCUCUUGGGAUCAUUUGCGGUCGACAAUGGAGAUCACUUGCGGUCGAGGAUCACUUGCGGUCCAUUUUGGGGAUCAUUUGCGAUCUGGGGAUCAUUUACGGUACUGUACAGUUGUGUACCACACCGUAUUUACGUGAUUAAACCUCGCCAACCGAUAGUUGGCGCUCGGUUCUGAAACCAGAUGUAUCCUUUUCCCUUUACCAACAGAAAAUAGCUAGCAAAGUAACAAUACGUGAUGUCAAUUCUGCCGGCCUGAAUUUACGAUACACCGCUUUCUGCUCGUAAGUAUCCUUUAAUUAGGUGCAUUUUCACUCGCGCUUAAUUCUCACUUGCGUUCGAACGAAAAUAUUACGCGUGUAAAUUUCAUAGAGGCAAAGAAUUACACGAAAGGUCAGGCGUAAACCUUUUAGUUCAACAAGAGUUUAACUCUUACUUUUACGCGAGACCUUUCACUGGGUAUUUUCUUUAUUUAAUUUAAGCGCGUAAAAUUUACGUUCGUGCGCACGUAAAAAUUGAGCGACAGUAUGAAUACACCCUUACUUAAAGAAAAAUAUAACGUCUUAUAGAGCAAAAAUCAAUCUUUUUACUCUAGCCAGUUUCAAGCUUUUUACAAUAAUUUCCCAGUGUAGCCAAGAGCUUCGGCAUGAAUUUCUUGUUCGACUAGUGCUGUAACCUUUUAAACAAAACAUAUUCAGAAACCAAUUUGAUAAGGUCAAUUACCUUUUAAGAGUGUGUCCAUGAGAGAACCAGGCAGGCAGUGAUAAUGCUCAAAUCACGGAAUUCGCUCAAACUUGGCACAAUUGAUGGGUGUGGUGAGAUAUUAACCUCGACAAAAAAUAAGGUCGCAAUAUUGAAUUCCCUGGGAUUUACAGGGACCCCCCCUAAAAACGACAAAAUCUACUCAUUUUUGCAUAAUUAAUUAGCUAACUUUGGUUUGGCUGUUCAACAAGAAGAAAAGACAACUUCAAAUCUAAUCAACUUUAUCAUCUUCUAUGUUUAUCAGACUUAAUGCUCAGUAAUUUAUUUUUACUCUCUAAUUCCAUAUCUUCCUAUUAUUUAGCCUAAAGUAAAGACAUCUUCUAACUGUUUUGACCAAACCCUAAAUUUAAGGUAUUUUAGUGGCUAACAUCUCCCAUGAGCAACAACCUAUGAACUUAAUUCUCACAUAUUCUUUGAAAGACAUCUUUAAGGUUAUCAAAUCAAUCAUAAAAUAUUUGGGCAAUCUCAUACUUUAUCAAUAAUGACGUAUUAUGUACAUCUGACUUGACUCUUUUUUGUCAUUUGACCAAAAUACGAGGAAACGUAACAUUCGUUUUUCUAAACAAAAAUAGCACAAAGUUGGCGAGAAGUCACAAAUCAGAUGCCUCAUUGUCGAUACUAAUAGCGGAAUUGUUAGAAAGUGUCACCUGAGGCAUGUUUUCUGUGUUAUUUAUGGACGUUUGGAUGGAUAUUUUAUGGAACGCUUGAGUAAACACAAGGAGCAAAAGAUUUAGUUCAAAACCUCGAUCGGUCCAACUUGUAGGUGAAACAAGACCCAACAAGGAUAAAAGAUAGUGAAUAAAUGUUACAUACACGUCUCUCAGAUGCUUUAGUUCAGAUUUGCUGCUCCAGUUUCGUCUGGUCCUCUGUGGCGUUACUUCGUGACGAGGUAAUGAAAUCGAAACAUCUUGAAACAUUGCAAAAUUAAAAGUGUCGGCUUUUCACCGAACAUUCGAAGUCUUUGAAAUAAGUUGUAGUCAGAAUGAACAAAAUCAUUCUCAAAGGACAAGAAAGAUCACUGACAAUCCGUCUAUAUCUACGGAAAACAACCACCUGCUCGAACACCCUCCAUCUUUGACUUUGGACUCUGCCAAAACGAUGGAAUCUGUGACGCCGGACUACCGGACUCCGGAAUGCGGAAUACGCUACCUAUUGUUUGUACGCGCCAAUAUCCUGUUAUAACUGGUGUGUUGAAAAUAGGUUGCGAAAGUCGUGUUACUUGAAAUUUUGAGUUUAUUCGGUGUUGACAUUAAUUACCAUGAUAAUAAUCGUCCAUAAUAGCCCUUUUCGUAGUCAGACCGUGCCGUGCAAUUUUUAGACAAUUAAUGACUUGCCAUUGGGUAUACUGACUUACUUACUUGUAUUUUAAUCCUUGUAGUCUUACAACUAUACAGGUUGGUAUCUGUAUCUGGGUAUAUUAUUGACUACAAAAAUAUAAUAAUAACCGUUUAUAAAAGUGUUGAGGAAAAACUUCUGAGGAAUACAAAAGACCCAAAAGGAGGCACUAAUACACUGCAAAAAAAGUCGACAAGACUUCUUUAGCUAUUCAAGGAAGGUGUAAAAGAACAGUUUCUUGAACACAGACUAAUACACUAUAUUAACUUCUCAUUUAAGCUGUCAUUUGCGGAUUCAUACAGUGGAUUAAGUUCUCUUAACGGACACUCUCGUAUAUAGCGAAUAGCUCUACUUACGACCGCCAUCACAAAAUCCCGUUUCAACUUCCACACAAACUCUGGAUUUUUACAUUCCCGUAGGCGACCGCGGACACUUAAAGGGUUUACCGGUGAAUUAGAUGUUAGCUUUGAUUUAAAGCUCUCGUAAGCAGACACACGAAAGAAAAUCUUAUCCACCUCUUAAUGUUGUUGUUGUUGUUUUUUUUUUUUCAUAUCAUGUCCACAGUCAUUGCUGUUUGUCACUGUUAUGAAUCAUUCUUAUAUAUCCGUUUCAGAGUUACCGUAUGAGAUUCAUUGUUGUAAGCGGCCAGCUCCAGUUAAGGACGCCUUUUUCUCUUCCCGAGGGUGUCCUCUUACGAGAGCUUCCACUGUAUUACAAUUUGGGAAGGGUGUUAAACAUAUGGAAGCGGUUGUUUGAGAAAAAUAUCUAACUCAAUGUGAAAGUGUGGUGUAUUUUGAGUUCUACUUGGGAACAUUACUGCCACAGUUAGGCUUUAUAAGACCCGCAAACGACAGUGCUAGAUAAAAAUUCAGUGUUUAUGACAGUCAAAUCUGGUGCCAGCAGGGUUGGGCAUUUGUACGCAAUUUGGCCACUCCCUGGGGAGAAGGGACUCCAGUAUGAAAAAAAAAAAUGGUAUUCUUGUCGCAAGCCAAAUUGGACGUGUCUCACGCUUUAUUUGUCUCUUUGAACUGGUCUGCACGAAGAUCCGACUUCACUUCGCUGCUAUUUCACGUGCGACUAAAAUACAAUAAAUAGUUCUUUCCAAAACACGAAGACAAAGCGACUUCUAUCUUCGAGUUUGAGAAGACAUGGGAUCAUUUAUUAUCAUGGUCUGAAUAAAGUUGCCAAUAGAUUUGGAAUUCUAAAUUAUUUAUUAGCAUACAAUAACAAUAAAAUAAUCUCAAAGAAUGUCGGAAAGUCAUAUUUUCGACUGAAUUUUGUUCACUGGACUCUCGCUCCUGGAUCCUGGCUCCUGGCUCCUGACUCCCGAUACGAUGUUUCCGUAUGGUGGCAACCGCUGCUUAAAAAUGCGGGCUCCAGUUAAUGUCAAAGAUGGCGGACGUUUGUAACAUGUGAAUUGAGCUACAACAGUGGCAGAAAUAAUUCUUUCAAUGGGUUAAAAAUCGGCUUUCUACUUUUCGUAUUGUUUUCUCCUAAAACAACUUGAUUUGGAUUUUGGUGCGUAAACUGAUGGCUAAGGAAUUUUAGUCGUACAGCGAGUCACGGCGCUGAACUACGCUUAACUGGACAUCGAGGGUGGCAUGGGUAACAAAUCAAAGCGUGCACAAACUAGCAGUUGAAACAUCUAAGAGAUACGUAUAUGGAUUUUAUUGACCGUUUAUAUUGUUUUUAGGGCGAAAUUGUUAACGUAAGUAAAACUGUGAAUUAAAUCUUUGUAUGUUGUUUUUAGUUGAAAAGAUCGCUUAUAUAGCUAUCAAAAAUCAUCGUUAGGGUUUCUUGCACAACAAUUUCAACGAUUUUACCCUUAUUAAUGUUAAAUCAUUGUCUGAUGAGUUUUUUUGUUUGAUUUCUCCUCAUUCAAAGGCAAACACACGAAUAUUGUGAGGGCCUGAAUUUUGAUGAAAUAUGCAAAAGUCGUUCAGUCACAUGAACAGUUUAUGUCAACACAUGGAAGAAAGUGAAUUGCCCAAACUUUUUAUGAUCUUUUUUCUCAACUUAAGUGAUGGCUUUAACUACUCAUGCAAAAGUUAUAAAGAUAAGCUGUUGCUCAUCAGAGAUAUUUGGGAAUAAAAUACCCUAAUUUUACGACUUACUCAAUAAUUGGAAAUGAUGACCCAACCUAAGGGGGCUAAGAGGGAGGAAUGAAUCGGCGACUUUAAACAGUUUAACGUGCUUAAAGUCUUAUGAACUCAGAUCAUCUCUCAGUGCAUUUAAGUUCAGGGUGGCUUUUCUGUUUGUUGCACUGGCAUUGUAAAGUUAGCUAAUUAAUUAUGCAUAAAACGGGCAAAAUGGCGAUUUUUACAGGGGGAGCCCGAAUCUCCCAGGGAAUUUAAUAUUUGGACCUGACAUUCUUUCACAUAAGUUAACUCCUGAUACCUAACAUUUGUGCCGAGUUUGAGCGAAAUCGGUGAUUUGAGCAUUAUCACCCCCUGCCUGGUUCUGCCUGGUCUUCUCAUGGACACACUCUUAAGUUGUAAGGAAACCUGAAAAAAUUGCAAAUUUUUUCCUCCUUUAACAUUUUUAUGAGAUUAGUUAAAGCCAAACAAUGCAAAACAAAUCCGCCAUCCUCCAUUUGCGGUCCUCAACUAACACUUGAAUGCUUUUUACGUGUUGUUUUUUUUUAUUAGGAAAGGAAAGGUUUAUGAAAACACAAGAACAUGUACUGGUGUUGAAUUAGGAGAAACGGUAUUUUAUCUAUAAUAUUAUGGGUGACGAAUUUCUCCUUAAUUUUGACGUGAAAUUUCAGCGUCAAUUUAUAAUUUCACAAUCAUGUGAAAUUAUAGAAUUACCAUGGCAACCUUCCGUACGUCUCAAUAGAGAACUUAAGAUGGAGACGUUUUCGGGGCGACGGCGACCGGACUGGCAGAGAAAGCCUGGAACUAAGGCAGCCGUCGCUCCCCGUCAAAAAUAGAACAUUAAGAUCGCAGUGAACUCAGAAGGACGGCGCCUUUAAUUAGAAGAAUACCGAAGAGGAAAAUAUGGCUUCACAUAAAGAAUUAAGAGAAUAAAUAUUUGCUAUGCAGACAACAUGUAUCGGAUGAAGAGUUUCUCGUUUUGUGGGAAAAUUAUGAGUCCAAAAAUCCCGAUUUUCCUCGGGACAGUUACGAUCCGUUCACGCUAAAAAACAUGCGGGAUGCAGCUGAGUUCAAGGCAGAAUUUCGCGUUGAAAAAAAAUGAUCUCCACAGGCUUGCGAAGCCUUUUAAAUUACAGGAACAUUAAAAUGCUACCAAGGAACCGUAUUCUUAGUUUGGUAUUGAAAUAAUUCCCGGGAAAUACUUGCAUGCAGCAGCAACAACAACGGCAACAACUUUAUUUCGGUAUUCCCACGCCGAGUUAGUACAUGGUAUUACCUACUAUUCUAUAUAAUUUUCAAUGCGUUUCAUUUAUACGAUAUUCCUACGAAAAGAGCGAACCAAAAACACACAAUUAAAAUAUCGGAGUUCAUAUUUUUUGUCUGGAUACUAUUAUUUGGCUCGUGGGAAAAUUUUGUCCCAUGUCAAGCUCACUUACGGUUGGCUGUUUGCCAAGUUGGAUCUUGACCCUGUGACAUGAAAACAUAGAAACAUUCAAAGAUGUAAGUUUAGAUAACAGAGCUUGGAAAUCGAGCUUGAAAUGUGCCUCAAAGAAAACAAGGACAAUUUAAGAACGAUAAUCUGCAAAAUGUUGGUUGCUAAACGCAACAAACCUGAUUGAAAUGAAAGUUAAAUACUCACGUUUUCGCCACAACGCCAAACAGACCAGUUUCACGUCGCCGACGGGACCACGACGGCAAGGUGGUGAGCACGAGCAUGCGCAAUAUCCAACAAAUGAUGAUGUCACGUCCGGUUGAAGUUGCCGUCGCCCCGAAAACGUCUCUAUCUUAAGUUGCCUAAUGCCAAGAUAGCGCUGACGAAGUUUUAGAAUUCGAUGAAUUGAGAUGUGAGGGCAUUAAAAGAAGCUUUAGAAAACCUAACCCGCACACGACAGAGCACAUCAUGAAGGAUUCUAAGAGGUAUUUUGUCGAAAUACUCGGAAAAUUCUGAACUUAAGCCAACUCUCGAGAGCUUCGAGUCCUCGAUCGAUACGAUAAAACCAGGAUAAACAUGUCCAAAACCCACGAUUGCGAACGUAAUUCGUCACCCAUGUUAUGAAAAGGUAAUCAAAUAGUAUACUCGUGAAAUUAGGAAAUAAUUUCACUUGCGUUUUGUCCAAAUCCUAACAAAACGCGCUUAAAACCUUCCCUAAUUUCACUCGUCACCAUUUGAUUACACAUACUAAAAUUGCUAAAUGUGAUCUGUUUAGCCACGAAACAGUUAGGAGUCCUUAAGCGCUCUUUCGAGCUAGUGCUGCAGUAUUCGUGCGUUCAAGAUGAAAUUGAAAUUUUUAAACUGUUAUUGUUUGAGGAAAAGGAGAGGAGAGGGGAAAGUGGAGAAGCUCUCGGAGCAACGAAAACAAAAAAAAGCAAAACAUGAUAACCUACACAUGGUGUCGAAAUCACAGAAGAGACUUGAAUACAAAGAAAAUGUGGCCAAAUACAGAAUUAUCGAACGUGUUAGUAUUUCGAUGACUUACCGUAAAGUUCCAAAAGUAACGACCCUCAUUACUUUCGGAUUUAGCAGCCUUUUCCUAUCGCUACUUUCGGAGGGUCGCUACUUUCAGGUAGCUAAAACGUGUAUCGUACAUGGGCUGUACGACGUUACGAUGAUAUUGUGAAAAUAUUCACACUUUAUUUGGAGAAACUUAUUUCAUGUUAUUGCUUUUUAAAUAAAUAUUCAAAAGAAUUCUUCCAUUACGUUGUGGUUAUUCACAAACGAAAGGAAGACUUUGAAAAAAAGAGAUGUAAUGUACCUUUUGAGUUACGUAAAGGAAUAUCAAAGAUCAUAAUAACCGUUAAAAGAUAAAUCUCGGAUCAGUUUGGUAAAGCUUGUUGUAACUAUAUAUAAUUUCCAUUAUUUCCACCGAGAAGGGAAAUCAAUUUUGAAGUCAUCACUACUUUCGGAGGGUCGCCACUUUUGGCAUUUGCUAACACCUGUGAAAUUUUAUCUCUUCUUUCGAAGGGUAGCUACCUUUGGGGGGUCUUUACUUUGGGAACUUUACGGUAGUUGUUAAACUUUGCUUUAGUACUAUUUACAAGCGUGACAAAUAACGUUAGUUAUUUCACUUGUGAGGAAAAAGAAUCGAAAUUUAAUCGCUUUACUUGAAAAUCGGCAACCAAGGAGAAAGUCAACUUGCUAGACUGUCUGUCCUGGGCUUUCGAGUCAAACAGUUUAUCAAGUUUAUUUAAAUUUAGUAAGUGUGUAUCUCAGUCCUUUUUUUUUUUGUCGUGUUUGAUUUAUUUGUCUGCAGGUUUCCUUUAAGGUGUCUGUAUCAACCAGUAAAUGCUCGGAUGAAUUACCAAGAAAGUGAGUACUUAAUGGAACAUUGUUCAAGGAGUGUUGAAAUAAACCCAGCGUAUUUCCUUCAUGGUUUUGUUUUUCCCUGUUACUGGCUAGAAAUUUUCGCGCCCUUAUCUCAAGCAACUAGGCAAGCCCAAACCAGCCGUUUGCAUGUGUUUUACCGCACUUUUGAUGCCGGCGACUUGUACUCGCAUUCAGUUGUGGUAUGUUUAUUGUAGAGCCAGCAUUUUUUUUCUGAUUGGCCCCAGACACUUGAACUACUAUAAAUAACUGUAAAAAGAAAACUUCCAGUGACUUAAAGUGAUUAAUACGUGGUAAACGUGAGCCCCACAGCUAUACGUUAUUGGCUAAUACAAGCUGCAGCUCUUACACAUGUACAACUCUAAAACAUUAUGGGUCAUGCGAUGACUUUUCUGAAAAUUCGGAAAGAGGCAUUAGGGUUCUCGCUAGCUGUAGGAUAAUUAUAUUUAGGAAGGCUGUUAAAUAAUCUAUGACGAGUCUGCAAGAUGAUAUAAACAUUAUGUGAUGUGGCGCCGUUGGGGGCUUUAGUUGGUGGCCAUCUUGGAUCUGACUAAAAAAUCAGGUUUAUGCAAAUACUUAGGAACUAAGCCUAUAGAGUGUUUUCACAUGACGUCACGGCGGCCAUACUGGUGUCCCAAAACAAUGAAACGGCGGCCAUGUUGGUGUCCCAAACUGGUCCUGUGGAAGUUGAACUCCUUUCUUAUGCAAACGCUUUCUUUUGUUCCAAUAAAUUUGCAUCGAUGCUGGUCACGUGAGUGAAAACACUCUAUUUUAUGCUUGAGGCGAAAAAUAUUUUAUGAAUAUUCAUUUUUCUGCUUUUGAUGCUUUUUGACAAGCCCAAAGUAUGGCUUGCAAGCUUGUUACUUAUGACGUCAUAAAUCCUCCCAAUAGUUUCCAACCAUCAACAAAUCCUGCCAAAGUCUGUCUAAGAAACAAAGGUUAUGGCACAAAAUCAUUAUGAAUCCCCGGCAUUUUUUUUUAAAUUUAUCUGAUUAAAAGGCAUUUGUUUCUGAGAAUAAUAAUUGUCCUUUUCUUGUGUUAAUCAGCUUUUCCAUCAAAACCCCAUGCGGACAAGUGUUUCUAAAGCUGUCUUACAUUUGUGAAUGCGAUUGUGAGAGCAAGGUAAGUUUGGUUUCGUUUCAAGUUAUGCACUACUCUGUUUAAUCUUACGUUAAUUACUUAAGCUGAUACACAGCGUCAAAAAAAUUCAAAUCGUAAGGUACCGUUUAGUUCCCUCUACAUUGUUUGGUGUAAUUCCCAAAGUGUCGUUAAGAUGGAGGGCUUAACCUGCGACAUGCUCGUUGCAUUUGCCAUGCGGAAUCAAACGAUCAGAGGUUGAGUUUUUUAAACUUGUGAUCAUGUCAAUUUUUAAGGCCAUUUAACUAGCUAAGGGUUUGUGUGUUUUUUUGAUAAACCACCAUAACUUUCAUUUACGUAAGCUUUAGUUUGGAAACCAAGAGACUUUUGUUCGUCACAGUUCAAAAAGACGAAGGUGCUAAUAAUCAGGGCAAAAAAUCCUUGAUUAGAAGUUGCCAUGCCAUUAUAAUCCGCGUUCAUCAGUAUGUGAUAAAUGAGAAUAAUCUGUCGGCUGUUGAUAAACAUAAGCACUUGGGCAUUUGGAUUGAAUCUUCUUUAAGGUGGGAUGCUCCUAUCAAUUACAUUGUUGGUAAGGCAAAUCGAGUAUUGGGUCUAAUAAGGAGAACAUUUGGGUCAAAAGAUCCUGUGCCAAUCAAAACAGCUUUUAUCGCUUUAGUUCGUCCUAUUCUGGAAUAUGCCUGCCCAGUGUGGAAUCCAUAUUUGGUUAAACACACACACAGUAUUGAAUCCAUUCAGCGUCGUGCUACUCGAUUGAUAUGUGGAUCUCAUAAUUCUUACACUGAAAGGCUCACUGAACUAAACUGGUCAACAUUGGAGCUUAGAAGAAAAUACCUUUGCCUGGUUCAACUUUACAAGAUAAUUCAUGGCUAUUCUGAUAUUGAUUAUACCACAUAUGUGGAUCUGACUGGCCCGACAAGAACUAGAAGAAACCAUGACUUUAAAAUCAGGCCUAGAGCAGCAAGGACAAGCUAUUUUAAAUUUUCAUUUUUUAAUCGUUAAGUUAAUGACUGGAACUGUUUACCAAACUCCGUUAUGUCUGCUUCCAGUUUGAACUCUUUUAAAACUUUAUUACUUAAUUAUCUUUGUAAAUAGUCAUAUGUUUCCCAUUUCCUACUGAAUUUGGAUUUUCUUUUUUAUUUAAUAUCUAAGUAGUUUAUAGUAUAGUUAUGUAUUAGUUUUCUAUUCUUAAUUGUUUUAUCUUUUCGUUUUGGAGGGCAGUUUUUAUAUGGGAAUUCAGUUUCCCCCUAUUGCUUUCCUUUACCUAUUGUACUUUUAUAUAUGUAUAUAUAUUUUUAUUUUGUACAUUGGUAAAAAGAAUUAUUAAACUUAAACUUAAACUUUUUCGAAGUUAACACAGCUCGUUUGCGCAGAAAAAGUUUUUUUCAGCAUUCUUGAAAAUAUUUUCUAAGGCUUGUGUGUAUUUUUGAUAAAUCACAAUAACUUUCAUUUACGUAAUCUUUAGUUUAGAAACCAAGAGAUUUUUGUUUGUCACAAUUCAAAAGGACGAAGGUGCUAAUAACUGGGAAAAAAAAUCCAUGAUUAGAAGUUGCCAUGCCAUUAAAAACCACUUUCGAAGUUAGCACAGCCCGCUUGCGCCACAAAAAUAUUUUUCGGCAUUCUUGAUAUUACAGACAAUUAGCCUACUUGAUUUUGCGCAUAUAAUCGAAGCGGUUGAGUUUACUCAAGGUGGCGCAGAAUACCGCAAGUUUAAGUCAGGGUCAGUUUAAAAGGUAUUAAGGUUCUAACCAGAAGCUCACCGGAAUAUGCACCAAUAUCCAUAACUGUCAGGCAUUAAAAGGGAAGAGAAAAGGGAUUUGUCCUUCCCUUUGGAACGCGCGCUCGGCCAGGUAGAUAUUACGGCCAUUUAUACGAAGAAAAAUAAGACCCGUCUUACAUAGGACGCGUCUUAAAUAAGACGCGAACUUUCCGUAUAAGCGGCACAUUUCGUCUAAAAUAAGUCGCGGCUUAGCUAAGAUGCGUCUUAUUUUAGAAAAGCCCUUAACACCUGUUCUUAGAUAAGACGCGCCUUAGCUAAGACGAGAAAAACUUCGUAUAAAUGACCUUCACGUCUUACAUAAGAUGCGAACGCAAAGUACGCAUGCGUAAAUUGUUGGCGCGCCACGUUGGAUUGCCGUUGCUACGGGCAACAUUCACAUGAAAACGAGUCAAGAACAGAAAUAAGACGCGAGCCAUUUAUAAGAGCUGUUCUCGUCUAAAAUAAGACAUGCUCGUAUAAAUGGUACAGUUCGCGUCUUCUGUAAGACGCGCCUUGUUUUUCCUCGUAUAAAUGGCCCUAUUGUAUUACAUGAUCUGAAAUGGGAAAACAAAACAUACAAGUUAAAAUGGUUUAUUGCCUUUUUCCUUUGCAGAUAAAGCACAGUAGCAGUGGGUGUAAUAUGAGAGGUGAUUUGAAAUGUGGAGUGUGCUCUUGUCAGGACGAAUGGUAAGUCUACUGAGUUAUGAUUAGAUACAGGGUGUUCUACUUGUACUUUCUCUCCGAUGGAACAUUUAGAUUAUAGUGGGUGCAUUAAAAAAAAGCAUUCGAUUUGCCAAUCGCCUAACAAAACAGCCGACAUUUCGCGACGCUACCACUAGAAUGCCCGCGAAAUGACGUCUGAGAAUCGAAACGAGAGCAGAAAUUCCAUACUGAUGACGCGACACUACCUAGAUCUGGGAAGUAGUUCUGACUGGCUGAAAAUUUGCUUCAGCCAGUUAGAAGCACGUCCCAGACCUGGGUGGUGUCGCGUCAUCAGUAUGGAAUUUCUGCGCUCGUUUCGAUUCUCAGACGUCGUUUCGCGGGCAUUCCAGUGGUGGUGUCGCAAAAUGUUGGCUGUUUUCUCUGGCUAAUUUGCAAGACGCUGUUGCGUUGUAGGGCUGAGACCAUUUCCGAAAUGAAAAUUGUAUGAAAAGCAGAGUUGAUGAGUAUCACUUCCCGAGAGUCUUGAAUUGAAAGGUGUUCCUCGUCUUUUUCUUCACUCACCACUGAGAUCAAUUGAUGGAAGAUUUGAGUGCUGUUAAGUGCAUGCGCCAUUUCCAAUGAUAUACCCAUGACAUGGGUAAAGAAUCAAAUUUGCCUUUUUCCUAGAAUAAUCAAUACAUUUAAGUUUGGAUUUGAAGUAGACCGUCUUUUAUUUCACUUCUUUAUAUUGUAUUUUACUUUUGUAAUUUUACCUGUUUCAGGGCCGGAGAGAACUGUUCAUGUACCAAAGAAGAAGUGAGUAAGGGAUGUCCAAGGUAUUCAUUUUUCACUGACUUCACUCCAAUUUAAAUAAGCACUUGCGACAGUGUUUCAGUCUUCUGUUUUUGUGCUCUAAAGCUUCUGAAUCAUUUAAUCGUCCUGCAACUCAUCCUCUUAAAAAAAGAAAACACUCCCUUACUAACAAAAAUGCAUGGCGACUUAAACGAUUUGCGCUGGGUUGUCCCUUUAUCUUAGACUCUUUCCAGUCCGCCUUUUUUCUCAGGUCCGUCGAGGUUGGCGGCGCAAGCUACCCCAGUGUCUUGGAGGAAAAUAAGAGACUGUUGGCAGUGUACCUUUUCCUGGAAAAAGUUGAUUAUGGCUUUCUUUUUUACCAAAAUUCAUCUUUCUUCAAGACCAAAUCAUAGGACCAUGUGAUUUGUAUGUUUUAACGUCAAUAUUUUAAUAACUGGGUUGCCUCACUGCCAAUGUAAGCUUUUGCUUUUGUGUGCCAAGGUUCCGUGUUUGUGUCCAUAAUUUCCAAUAAGACACGCCACGCGCAGAUGCAAUAACAAUUUUUCAUAAGGAAAUAUGGUCAUUUAUUCCAAAAGCAAAGACUAAGAAUAAGCAGCACACACACUGAAUAUAAUAUAUAAUGAUAAAACUAAUGGAAAUGGAUAAAAAAAAAUUAGUUGGAUUCAAUCAGUUAAAUUUCGCAACAGCAUCAGGUGUAGAUACCACUGCAAUUUUUGGUUUUGUACCACUUAAACCAGUUCCGGUAGCAGGGUCUUUCUUCUUCUCAACUCUAUUCGCCAUCUGAGAAUCGAAAGAGGUGAGACCGCCUUGGAAAAAUUACAUCAGGCUGCCUAUUUGUUCGUUGUCUAAUAUACUUUUGAUACUAUUGACACUUUGUGUUGAUCCUAGUGACAGUAGUGGCCAGACAUGUAGGGGCCGAGGAACCUGUAGAUGUGGAAAAUGCUACUGCAAUAACAGCGAGGUAAGUCUUUAUAAUUUUGUUGGAAAUGAAAAUGACUUAUCACACGCGCCCCAUAUGGCCAAAGCUUCCCGAUUCGCGUUUAUUAAGCAGUUGAAGGGCACGGGAUUGUAACCACUUCCCCUUGGAUAAUUUGGGUGCCAAUCCAUUUCCGAUCUACCCUUAUUAUUGGGAUCACAAGAUCGGUAAGCAGGAGACGACAAGAUGAAAGUCACAUCUUAAAUUACUAUUCAGUGGCGGAUCCAUAGACCAAACUGAGGCCCUAAGGGGCGAAAAACAUUUUUGGGAGAGCGCCCCCUCCCCCCCCGGCCCCUUUUUUCAAGGUCUGGAUCUGGCACUGCUAUUGACCAACGUAUUCAAUAUUUCAUCGUCACGCUUUCUUCGCUUUUCCCGGUUAAUUUAAUCCGAUCUAUUUCAAACGAAAAACCCAAGGCCUUAUAUUUCUUCACUAUAUUCAAUUCUUUUGCAAACUGAUCCAAAUUGAAGGGUAGAUUAUCUUUAACAAGGUUGGAUUAUGUUGUUCAGGGCUGGUUCAAGAAACGAACCAAGACCGCUAAUCCGUUACUCGGGAAUUUCAAGUAAAAUACUCAGGGUUAAUUAUUCAUUCCUUCUCAAUACAGGUUUCAAAUGGAUUGAUCCAUGGUGACGAGUGUGAGUGCGAUAGCUUCAGUUGUCCCAAAGACCCAGAUAAUGGAGAAAUAUGUGGAGGCUCAGGUAGGCUUGACAAGGGGCGUGUACUUCCACACCGUUUAUUGUAUUACAGUGAAACCUCGAUGUAAAGAAGGGCUAAGGGAGUAGCAAAAAUGGUUUGCUAUGACCAGGUUUCGUUAUCGAGUUUCUUUUCCUUUUUCUACUAUUCUGGGGUAGAGGAAAUUGUUCGCUAUACCGAGGAGUUCGUUAUAUAGAGGCUCAUGAGAUUCCGCUAUACGUACAUGGCUUGAGCAGCUAAUUCAGACUAUCUGAGAACAAAGAAUAGGUCACUGUUAUAUCCUUAUAAUUCAGUGAAACAAAAAAAAUCUCACAUUUAUUUCAACCAUUUCCAUAGAGGUCGGAUUUAGGAGUGGUUUGAGGGAGGCCCCCUUUUUUGUACAAUUUUGUAUCAUUUUCAAAACUUCUGAUUAAAAUAAAUAGAAGCUAAUAUAACUAGCAAGUGUUCCGAGUACCCCUUUCUAAAUCUUUUGGUCCACUUCUGAUUUCCGUUGCAUUAUCCUAAACGAAUCAAAGUUUUUAAUGAUAUACUUUAGUAAAUCAUAUCCACUAAAUUAUAGUAUAUCCCAUGUCAAAGUAAGCGUACCUCCUUUUUAAACACACAAACAACAACAACGACAACAACAACAAAAAUAACAUCUUUUAUUAUUGCAUCCAAACAGAGACUGAUUUUACAUUUUCCGACAGCUUAUACAGAGAAAAGAAGACAUUGUUUUAUUAUAUAAACACCAAUGAAAUACCAGGUGAGCUUUGGAGAAAACUUGACAUCUUGACAUGUGAAAAUAACAUGUUAUCUUCGCGUGUGAAAAUAUCACCGUUGCUAUGGCUUCAUAAUAAAUCGCGCCUUUCAGACCAAAAAACUAUUAAAGAAAAAUGGUUUUGUAUUUCAUAGGUGUUUAUAUAAUAAAUAGAACAUUACAUGGCCGCUUGGAGAUACGAAAUUUCUCUUCUCGUGUUGAAAAAAUAUUUCACUCGUUCGCGCUGCAACUUUCGAAGAGAAAAAUCGUAUCUCCGCGCGGCCAUGUAAUAUCCUCUCUAUAUAAAACAAUUAUGCAUUAUGAUAACGAGGAUGGCUAGGAGCUAAACGAACAAAACAUUUGCACAUUUACCCUAACAUAAUGCGAGGAUAUCCCCCCUUUUUUUUUUGCAAACUUCUGUUGCGGUUACUGCGAUUCAAUUAGUCGAAAUCUGUCCAAUCUAAACAGCCUACCUUGCCAGUUGCGUUUUAUAUACAUUUAUGUGACGUUAUGGGUAGAUCCCUUUUUAACAUCAAUGUAAGAAUCUACAUUACUUAUCUUAUCCCACAGAGCGUGGCUUUUGCGACUGCGGACAAUGCAAAUGCCAGAGGAAUUGGACAGGGCCCUCAUGUAGCUGCAGUAGAGAUUUAGAGAGCUGCACUAAGAAUGGGGUAAGUCUUAAACUAGAAAAAUGAUCACAAGCAACAUGUAUAUAUUUUGUCGUUAUUAGAAGUAAAGAGCAGACGUUUAAGGCACUUGUCAAGCGAAUAUAGAAAAGCAGUUAUAGUUUAUUUAUCUGACUUACCGUAAAUCCUCUAUUAAGCUGAUUCCCUGGUUUUGCACUGCGCAUCUCUUACUGCCCAUAACAAGAUGGCCGCCGUAAAAAAGAGCAUGUGAUGCAACAUUAUUAAAAUGAAGUUGGCUAGUUGGAAUUUUUGCUUGCCGUUGUUCCUUGCCGAGGUGAGACUCAAUGUGUUGGGAAUGUGCAUAACGUAAGCAGUAGGCGUGUUGCUGAGUUCGACUUCCUCACGGAGAACCUCGAUAGUGGAUGUUUAACUUGUGCUUACUCACUUUGAUUUUCAUUUAAACGCUUUCUUUAUCACGUUGUGUCCUAAAUCUGAUAUCUCAAAGUAAAUUCUGUAAAAACGGAUUUUUUAAUACUUUCUUCCCCCUUUCACAUACAUUCUAUUUUGAAACUCGCUCCAGUCCUCUCUCAAAAAUCAAGGAAAAUGCAUUUGGUGCCUACUUUCUGCAGCUCUACCGCAAAAACGAGAACAGUGACCCCAUUUUUUAUUUCAUGAUUUUAAUAAGGACAGUGCUUCCUUUCGAUGAGAAAAAAAUUGGCACAAAUGUAUGUUCAGUUUUUUUGCAAUUUUACUAAAUUGUUUGGUUUGAGCUAUCACGGAUCGAAUAGCGCGUGUCCAAUUUAAUUCUACUUGGGAGCGUAAAGUAAAAACAAAGGGCAUUAAAGGCAUUUUUCUGGUACGUAAAUGAAUAAACAAUGCAUUUAAGUCAAAGUCUGUGCAAUAACACAUGCAUCAUUUAAAAAAUCUCUCCUUUUGUCUAGUUUUGGGCUGCCCGCGGUUUUUGUAAAAGGGUCCUAAAUAGCCGUAUUUGUCAGCAUUUUGUCGUCAAAACAAGCACGGUGACCCGCACUUUUUAUUACUUUUUAUCAUCUUCUUGACUUGUUACAUCAGUGUACCAAGUUUCAUCUACAAUCUAUGUUACGUUCUUUUUUUACUAAGGAAUCACCUUAAGCCCCCCUCUCUAAUUCAGGGGAAGAAAGUUAAUAAACCCCACUGCUGUUUUAAGUCGAAGACGGUCAUCAUGCGAAAGAGCAUGGUGCGAUUUCCCGCCAAAAAAUGUUACCUGAGCAUUCUACUUGUUUUCUCAAAACUCCCUUUCCCAAGAGCCUCCAGGGACGGUUUUUCAGCCUUGAAGCACCCAUAUGUUACCAGAUUUUCUUACCCAUGGUGCCGUGUGGAGCUUCGCUACUGAAGGUGUGAGAAAGUGGUCACGUGCCCAUAAUAAAAAAUACUUAAAGUAUUCACUAAAAACAUAAUGGUUAUAUCUCCCAACUAUUGAGAAUAGUUUGUCGUCUGGUAAUUUGCAUUUAUUAGACUUUAUUAGAAAAUAUUCUUGCAGGUCUCCUGGUUGUCAAAACUCCGUGAGGAAAAAAAAACAAAAGCAAAAGGCUCAAAUUAUUACUUCUUUGUUCACAUCAACGAUAAAAUUUUUCCUAUCGUUUUAGGUGGUUUGUAGCGGCAGAGGAAUCUGCAGGUGCGGGGCAUGUGUUUGUAAUGCUACUUUGCCCUACAGGGGAACUUUCUGCGAUGAUUGCGUGGUAAGUGCACCGCAGGGAACCCUUCUGGUCUCGGCUCCUGACCUUUCACAGGUUACCAUCUUCUAGCAAACCCAAGAACACGACUAAUUAUAGAUCAAUUAAAAGCUAUUGAAUGAGGCUGAGUAUGCCAUGAGGAAUUAUGCAGAUCUAGGAGGGUUUUAUUCACCUUGGCCGAAAAGAUAGGAAGGAGAGCGAUUGACCCUAGUGCAAGCGACUACCCCACCCCACGAGGAGAGUGCUUCGCUAUAAAAACGUAUCAUAUUAUUGUACAAAAUACUAUUUGUUGUUAACUUGCUUACAUGCACAUUGCGGACCUAUUUGUAUUGCAGGGCUGCACUGGAACUUGCGAGGCCAACCGGGCAUGCGUGGAGUGCCGUUUGUUUGGCACGGGGAAAUUAGACAAAGACCAGUGUUCAAGAACUUGCAAAGAUUACAGCAUUACUCCAGUAGAUAAGCUUACACCUGGUAAGUCAUCUCGUUGACACUUUUCAUGCGAUUCUAAUGCUACGCGCGCUCUUUUUUUGUGGCGUUUUUACUGAUCUACUUGUAGACGACUGCGUCUUGGUCCAUGAAAAGCAAAGUAAUAAAGACCAGUUGGCCAAUAUCCAGCCAUCUUGAACUCAGAUAUGAGUGUACUAAAAGGAACUGUGUGAAAAUCUUACCAUGCUAUUUUCCAAACUGAUGUAGGCUAAACAAUUUAUUUCUUUCUGUUGUUUUUAUCUGUUAGACAUGGGUAAGCAAUGUCGUUUUCUGGAUGAAGAGGACUGUUACCUGACCUUCGCCUUCACGGAAGGACCAGACGGUCAACUCAAGAUUUUUACCCAGAAAAAUAAAGGUCUUUAAGCCAACUUUAAAGACAAAAAAAAUAGUACCGGGGAUUUGGCGGCGUUUGAUUGUUUAAGUGACUGAAAUGAUAAUUCACUCUGUGAAGUUUGAGAGAUUAUUGCACAUCAAUGGCAAGGUUAUUUCUUGUAAGCCUUGUGAGUUACUAAAAAUGCUUUCGUUGCAUUUCCAUUCUAGACUGUCUAGCCGCGAUGAAUGCCAUUUUAGGAACAACAACAACAACAACAAUUGUUAGCGUCAUAGGAGCAGUUUUAGCUGUAGCCUUGGCUUUGUUGCUUAUAUGGAGAGUGUUAGCCACCAUUCAGGUAGGCUUAUAUCACGCAAUGUUCGUCCACACCCUCUGGCUCAGUCGGAUUUGCUUGAGUCAAAUGCACUUCACUGUGAGCUGCCACUAUUAAAUAUAUGAUAAUAAUAAUAAUAAUAAUAAUAAUUUUUUUAUUAUUAUCAUCAUUUCUAAGAACAUUUCUUAAUCAAUGUGCACAUUAAUAAGUGGUAGCUUUACGCCCAUGUUACAAUAAUUAAAGUGAGCAUAAAGUUGAAGUCAAAAUUUAGAAUUUAAAAAUUAAUUGUACCCUGUAAAGAAACGUACGUUCUCUGAUUAUAAGACUAUUCUCUCCUUGUCAGCACCAAACAACACGGCAUACUUCUUGUGAUAUGAAUAUUUUAAAGCUUUAAUAAGUUCAAACUCGUGUGGCAUCAAGACGGAUUGAAUACCCUUCACUUUCUUAAGCUUUGAGGAUAAAAUAGUCUUUUCUUCUAUCGCGGAAGUUACACACGAACCCUAUGUCCUACCAACCGUAAUGAAAAGAAGAUGCUUGUACGCAAGCUUAACAUCAUUUCUACCACUGCACGACCUUUGAAAUCAAACGAAACUUGAAAAGCCAUUCAAAAGUCGUGCAAUCACGAACACUACCUUUUUUGGAAAUCGCCCUGCCAACGCACAGGAGCCAACAACAGUGCUUGCAAUUGGCGCCUAAAUUAAGUCCUAAUUGUUGAUUUUUCUAGGAUCGAAGAGCAUUUGCGCAGUUUGAAAAGGAGCAAAUGAAUGCAAAGCGUGUUGUGGUAAGUUUCCAGAGAAUUUGUGUAUUUUGUUUUAAAAUAAGGCCAUCAGAUCUAGGUAGAGCAACCCUUUAACGAACCCUACUGAUUAAACAAAUUUAAAGGAAAGAUUCGGUAUAAAAUUAUACCUUAUUACUGUGGCUGUUUAAAAACAUUUCUGUUAAGAAGAAUUGGAUACCAAUACCAGACAGAAUCACAAUCGAAAGGCGAGUAGGCUAACACUUGUGUGCGAAAAUAAUUAGUGGCAUUUCAUGUUUUACGCGGAAUUCGCAGUAAUUUAACCCAGCUCUUGCCAAUUUCUAUCAGUACCAAAGACUUGUUUUUCUUUUGUUAUUUUUCUUUAAUUUAUACACUAGGCUGAGAAUCCGAUCUUCAAACCGACAACCACAACAUUUAUGAACCCAAUGUACGAAGUGAAGACAUGAAAAAAGACGAGAUGGGUCGGUUGUGCUGUUGGUCGAGAAUUUUAAAAGCUGCGCCGUUGUCGCCAUUUCCAUCGCCCGUCAAUGGUCGGUUGCGAUAUCCCUUGGGCAGGAACGCUAAACUUGCGUUACAGGAGAUAAAUAUGCUAUGUAUCACGCCUAAUGUAUACUGUGAACGAUUCACAAGGAGGCUUAGUACUUAAAGAUACUUUUCAUUAGCUUUAAUGUAUUGUCCACAUUUAAGUUAUUUUAGACACGUACGUUUAAACUAGGAUGCGACUUACUGAGUGAACGUAUAAAGUAAGAACCUGUGAUAUUUCAACAUGUUUAGCGCUAUUUCUCUUUAGCUUCGAUCUUUAGAUUCGGGAUUUGUUUUAUAUGAACGAAGUUAAAGCACGCCAGGAAAGGGGGAGGCCACCAAGUUAGCCAACUGAAUAACAAUACAUAGAAUUGUCAAAUGUCACAUGGUUUUGUUGAUAACUGUGUCUAAGGCCCUGUUCACAAGAAGGGAGGGUAACCCUGGUGCUAUGGUUACCCAAGCAGGAGAGUUAACCUAUAGCACUCGCAUAUUCUUUUUUCACACGACGUGUUUGCAAGACAGUUAGGAUUGCCCUAGCGCUAGGGUAACCCUACCUGAGUGCUAGGAUUACCCUAGCAAGAGGGUUAUCUUACCUGCCUUGUAAACGCUAAGCUAGGGAUAGCUCGCCUACCCCGGUCAACUUUCGCGGUCAUGCGUGACUACUAAUCGUGCCAAUUUGAACGGUAUUAUCCAAUUUCUGAGCUUAAUUAUAAACAUCUGAAAAGUAAAAAGUUAUUUUCUGUAUACGAUGAUAAUAUUUUCCCUAUUUUCGUGAAUUUAACGUGUUUUCCAUAGAGAACUUCAAGUUUAUUUCAAAUCUUGGACGUUAAAAAGAAUGUCUCGCAUGACAAAACACGUCAGCAAAGCUGGUAAAGUUGACCCGGGUGAUAGGGUAACCCUCCCUGUGAAAUUUGCUUGUAAACCAGAGCUAACUUAAACCGGCCUGCUAGGGUAACCCCAGCACAAGGGUAACCCUCCCUCCUUGUAAGGAAGGGUUACUCGCCUUCUCGAGCUACCCUGGGUUAGCCAAAUUAUCCUACAUUCAGGGUUUCCUAACGACUGUUUUCUGUAAAAUAUAUGUUCGGAAGAGCAAAUAUUGCCUAUAGUUUUCUAUUACUUGAGGACUGCCACAAAUGUCUAACUGACCGUUCCGUUCAUUUAAUUUACAGCUAUUUGCAACUUUCGAAGCUUAUCUUAUAAAU